AUGGCGGAGCGCGUUCAGCAGCCCCCAGCCAAACGGCUCUGCUGUAGACCGGGUUAUAAUACUAAUUGUAGACAGGGACAACGGUCCGGGGGUACGUUAUGUGGCGGUUCGGGUACGGCCCAAGGUGGGUCGAGCAAAACCCAGAAUCCGGAGUCUCUGUUGGACAUCUCUGCCCGGAAAGUGGCCGAGAAGUGGCCGUUUCAACGGGUAGAGGAGCGAUUUGAACGGAUCCCGGAGCCUGUACAGAGACGGAUCGUUUACUGGUCGUUCCCGAGGAGUGAACGAGAGAUCUGCAUGUAUUCUUCGUUCAAUACAGGGGGAGAGGAGAGUGGAACUAGCGGGGAAAAUAGUGAUGAGACGCGGCUGCCUUUCAGACGAGGUAUCGCUCUAUUGGAGAGCGGCUGUGUGGACAACGUAUUGCAAGUCGGUGAGUGUGAAAAAUAACGUUAUUUUAUUUAUUGACUUUUCAUGGCCAACAACCAGCGUUUGAAAAAUAUUUUUUAAAAGCACCAAGAAAUGAAAAAGGAAGUGUGUUGAAUUAGGUUUGAACAAAGGUUUGAAUGAGGCGACAAAGGGGGCUUUUAAAUCGCCGAGACGUUGGCGAAAUGUGUGUUGGCAAGGCUAAUUUUUUACUAAAACCAAAAUGUAUUUCUCUAACAAUAGAAAUAGCUAUUAUUAGCCUAUACACAGUUGUCUAUGUUCUAUGCCGAUACAUUUAGCCUAAAUUUCUAAGUAGCAUAAUAAAUGUUUGCUUAUGCAUGAUGGGAUUUUUUUGUUGUUGCUUUGGUGAAAGAUAACCAUUACGGAAGUACACGGUGGGAUUUAAUAAAUGUGCCCAUAUACUUGGCUCGCAUUCGAACAUUUGGUUCAUAAAUGCAUUUAGCCAGCCUCAAAUAGUCUUUAUAUACUUUGAACUGAAAAAGGCGAUGCUUUUCUGGGCAGUGAAUGUGUCGAGAAGAGGUUCAGGGCUGAGCCUUGUCGACUGUGUUUAUUUUCCGAAGUGAAAGGCAUGGGGGAGGUUUUCUGGCUCAGCCAGCUAGAACACAGAGCUCUCAGCAUAAUUGACAGUUCUUUCUACAUAUAUGCCAACCUAUUUCAUAACAAUAAAUAUGUUUAGUAAAACAAUAACACAGCAGUCUGUCGUGCAUUCAAAGCAUUUUCUAUUUGAGUAGAUGAGAAAUAGCAGUAUUUCAUGUUUUCGGAACACAGCUUUUACUGAGUGUCGUAUUUACCCAGUGCGCAUAUCAAACAGCCGUGAAGCAUUCCGAAUGAAAGCCUUGGUACUUCGUUCCCAUUUUCAUGUUCAUUUGUGUCUUUUCAGGUUUCUGUCACCCUCCAAAGGGAAGGCAAACAACAAAAGCGCCUUUUAAUUUAUUUUCACUGCUUGUUAAAAAGAAGAGAUUUGGGAAAGGGGUGGGAGGAAUGACGAUUUAAAGCCACAGAGACUAUUUUUAAAUGGACCUUGAUAUGCACCAAUUUGCAGCUAAUUGGGUCAAGUGUGCUUCUUUCCCAGUUCUUUUACAAAAUGUUCUGACGCCAGGAAAUUACUGACACACGUAAUUGUAAUAAUCAUCAGCAGGCCCUACCAAAACGUAGCCUAUAUACUCAAAUGAACGCAUGGCCAUGUAUUUAACCCCCUGCUGGACAGUGAGCUUCCUGCGGGGCUCUCUCUGUAUUCCAACUCAAAUGCUACCUUAGUUAGUUCAUUAGGGCCCUCUGUCCCCGCCCAGGGAAAGCGUUCAGCGUUCUAAUCCCAUUACUCUGCGUGGUUAAUCUGAAUUGUAAUGCAAUCUGCAAACGUAAUUUUCUGCAUGGCCAUCCAUCCCUCCCUGUCCCCUCCUCCUCCCUCUGAACGUGUCGCAGUGACUUGGCUGGGCUUUGUGCCCUAGCCACAGUGCCAACAGGGCACCAGGCUGCUGACUAUAUAAAACAUUAUACUAUAGGCCCAGGCAGGCCUGUGUCUUUGUCUGGUAUAUAGGCAAAGCACAGCUACAGUAUAUCCUCUGGUCUCUCUACUCAUAUUGGGGAAAGAAAGAGUAGGACAUAUAUACAAUAGAAUGCAGUAUAUCAUUUUUUUCAUCCAAAACCACGUUAAGGAAUAUGAUUUUGCCUGUCAAUAAUGUAAUAAUAAUAUGGUUGUUAAGCAGGCAGUUAACCUACACAUAUACUGUGUGUGUGUGUGUGUGUGCGUGUGUGUGAGCAUGCACAAGAUAGCACAGUGCUCAAUCUGCAUGCUAGCAAUGGAGAAUGACAGCAAAAAUUGAGCCAAGAAGUGAUAAAUAAAAGAUGCAAUCUUCCCACACGGGCUGCAGCUAGGGAAGGAGAGAAGAAAAGACUGGGUCGCUGUGAUCAGACCUGGGGGAGAAGAUCAGUUACAGAUCUAUUUGGCACACAUCCAUAUGUACAGUAUAGUAUACAGUAAACAUCCUCUACACAGGAACCACACACACAGGUUAACUGCCUGCUUAACAACCAUAUUAUUAUUAUUAUUAUUACAUUAUUGAAAGGCUAAAUCAUAUUCCUUAACGUGGUUUUGGAUGAAAAAAUGACAUACUGCAUUCUAUUGUAUAUAUGUCUCUGCUAAACACCCUGACAGUCACUGGUAGGUGUCCCAGGCAGUAUGGUUCAUCCCAAGGCCAUAGGAGAGGCUCUACCUAUCUAGCCUGCUCAGGUCCUGCUGAUUGGAAAGCUGCUUAUCUGAUAGCCAACCUAUAGUAAACAUGUCAUGGACAUGAUUGCCUAGACACACACACACAACAGGAUAUGGCUGCCCAGCGCUUCUCUCUCUGAGAUCUAUCACUGCUGUUAGUAGUCUCUAAACACUGACACACGUUGCAGUGUGUGCCUGUGUGAAUAAAUACACGUGUGUGUGUGUGUGUUCACUAUGCAAGCACGUGCAGGCCAGCCAGAGGCAUUUUCCAAAUAGGCAUGUAAAAUACAGUACAGUGAUAAGACAGAUCUAGAAUAGAAAAGGAAAGUGGACAGAAAAGAAAGAGAACUAUUAGCCUAUUUAUAACCAAUGUCUUUAUACAGGCCUACAAGGUUAGUAUUAUGGAUUAUCUUGUCAUCCUCCAAUAACUGGUUAUAAAUGUUAUAAACGUGUAAUACACCAAUGUCUUUCUAUUCACAAAUACAUUAUUAAACAUGAUUAAUGUCUGGUGUAUGUAAUUUAUCAUACAUUUAUAACCUAAUUAUUAGAUGAUAAUAUUAAUUAUCCCCUUUAUAAAUACAUUAUCCUGGCCUCUAUCAGCGUAUGUCUCGUCAACAUUGAUCCAGCUUGUAAAGCAACUCUUAAGCCCCUCCCACAACACCCCACAGGGUCAAGUUAAACCCCUCCCCCUCUCAUUUACCUUGAUUACCCCGUCUCUCUCACACUCUCUGUCUGUUUCCAUCUGUUCUAGGAGGCCAGAGUUAGUCAACACUGAUCCUUAUUGAUGGGAAAUAUGGCCCCUAGCCCCUCCCCCACUCCUUACUCAUCUACUGCUGAGUCAGAACAUUGGGGGAUUUGAGUGAGAUGUUAUGGUGUGUGUUUGGGGGUUGGGAGAGAUGCUGUCAUCUUCUGGUUAUGAUUAUCAAAUUAUAGAGAGGUUUUAUAGAGAGGUUUUACUCUCUACUUAGUGAAAGUCGGUGUGAAUUUGUGUUGACAGAUUUUAGGCUUGUGGGAAGUGUCUGUACAUGUGUCUCGCUCUUAGUUCUUCAUUGACCUGUAUCUACAGUGUUGAUGGGACAGUUUGGACAUUUAACAUAACAUUACAGAUGAAUAUGUUGCUAUGAUAAAGAUACAAGCAUUACAUGAUGACAUGCGUGGACAACGUUGCCUCUGACGAUAUGACACUGGGCCAGAAAGGAGAACGUUGUGGUUGCAACUUCAUCCAGAAAUGAUUGGCAUUAAGACUGUCUGCCAUAAGAUAUGCGAGGGAUGUAGACCCAGCCUAUCAUCAGACAGGAAGCUGGGCCUGUUUUUUUUGUUUGUGUAAACCCCAGCAGCAUUUACACUUUGCUCCGUCAGUGGGCUGAGCUCAUUAUAACCAUGCAGGCCCUACGCACCGCUAGCCAUGCAUGGCAGCAUAGCACACUGCCAUUUUAAGCCCAGAUAUGCCAGAAUCGACAUAUCAGGGCCAAGGUCUACAGGCUUGAACCUAACCGCCUGGCUGUUUCUCUGUCCUCUGAAGUGACUUCAUGUCUGUCUCCCCUCCUUCUUCUUCUGUACUGAUCUGAGAGAGAUGAGCAGGGGAAAGGCAUGAUGGGCCGCCGCCGUGCUGCUUUUACCUGUCAACUCUUUUCAGAUCAGUACAGUUGGAGAGGGCGCAAAGUGUGUGUGUGUGAGAUUAGUGAGUCAGCUGUGCCACUCCUACUGUCCCUCCCUGCUUCACCAAGCUAAGAAUAGUGUGUUUGGCGACUCAUAAUAAAACCACUCUGUCUUGUGUGUUUCUGUUAGAUACUUUAUUUAGAGCUUCUAUUCUGUACAUCUCACUUAUUCAGGCCUGCAGCUAUUUACAGCUAUUUCUGUUCUGUUCACCCCAGGCUAACUUCAUAAGAACAUCACUGAGAUUACUGAGGUUAUUAUCACUCAUUCAAUAUUAUAUUACGACACUUCACUGUGAUGGAGACGUGGCUUCAUUCAAAAGGAGUGUAUGUGUGUGUGCCGUCUCUACCCUGACUCUACACUGACUAACCCAGUGUGUUACCCCUCCAGCAGGCCCUGGAUAGGCAUGCAUGGACAUUUCUGACAUUUCGUACACAGAAGUGCAGAAUUUAAUACUUGGCACUUAAAUCUGGCAUGGCCCUGUUGCUGUAGAGGCUCUAGGGGCACUGGGCUGAGGGGAGGGGAGGCAAGGUAGGGUAUGAAGGGUAUACUUAGGGGUAACUCCGUAUCAAAGCCGCAGCUGUUAUAGCUGGUAGUCCUCUGACGUUUCAUAGACAUGGGAAAGAGGAAGGCACACUGGUGCGGCUAUAGCUAGACCUAGUCUUCCUCAGUCUUCCUCCUCAUCCUGACAUUUGAGGCUUCAGUGCAUCCUGUUGGUCAGUGGUUAGAGCUGGGGGCUAAGGGUUGUGGUCUGGUCCUGGCGUGGGGAUGGCAGAGUGUCACCACACAGUGAAAUCGCACCCCGCGUCUUCAGAUCACAGACUCUCACACAGGGCAUUGAUGUCCCCCCGCAUACGACUAGCUAAAACCAGAAUACAGCGCGGUACACUCAUACUCAUUUAGACUGGAGCUCCUACAGUUAGUUUCCUUAUUUUCUCCUGAAAGGACAUCUGACAACUACUUCUGGACCUAGGACUUGUAGCCUGCCCUAAAGGAUCCCUUUUUGGAAUGUGUGGUGAUCUGAUUUAUGCACAGAUCAGCCUUUAUCCCAUGCAUUUAUUUAGAAUGGCAUUUAGCUACUGGCACACAGAACCCUAUGUUCAUUGUAGUGUGCCAGAAGGCCAAUGUUUUGUUCAAGACAAGGAUAGUACUAAAGGAAGACCAGGACGGCAGAACAGGCUUGAUAUGAUCUCCAGCUACCAGGCCAGUGUUCAGAGUAAUAAUGUUAUAGUAGUAGAACAAUGACACAUUGUGUAAUAAUGACACAUUCAUAACCUCCAUUGUAUCUCAGUCUGACCAGUGUUGACCUUUCCCUUCCUAUCACUAUGGCUGCUCCUGUUCACUCAUUAGCAGCUAAGUACCUCAGUUAGAGAUCUGCAUGCACACACUCUGACCCCCAACCCAAGUGCUCUGAAGUGUCGCAUGGCAAAGUUUCAUAUGGAAUCUAUAUAACACACACCUGUACAUAUGGCAGAGUUCUAUACAGCCUGUUAUGGCCUACACAGCAGACAAUGUUUUAUGGGGAGAUGUACAGUGUGAGUGGGGGAGGCUGGCUAAGCUUUUGUAGUGUGUGUCUGAUUGUUAUGUGAGAGAUGUGGCCCAGCCUGUUGGCGAAUUCCACUGUGGUAGAGUAGGAGUUUGAUUAUGAAAUGAUUGUGUUGAACACACAAUAGAAUGCACUGAAUAGAAUGUACAUAACAUCAUCUAGACUAGAGAAUAGUGUACAUAGUAGAAUGUAGAUAGGAUAAUGCAGAUAGACUAGACAGGCUUGUUUACUGAAGCUAUUGUUUGGAUACAGUAUGUUUCAGAAGACCAGAAUGGUAGUAGUGAUAUACACACAUUUCCCCUCUCUCUCACACACACAUACACACACACACACACUCUCACACACAUACACACAAACACUCUCUCACACACAUACACUCACACACAUACACAUACACACACACACUCUCUCUCACACACACACACUCUCUCUCUCUCACACACACACACACCUACAAUCACACACUGCAGUGCACAUGAACCCCGAGGCCCUACCAGAUACAGUAUAUGCACCGAUUUAAUGCUGGCUAUCUCAUCUAUAAUUAUCUGCCCGAUCAAUGUUCUGGAGCACAUCCCUUGAACACUGACACACACACACAAUCACACACACACACACACAUACAGUGAGAACAAAUGGAGACUCUAUGUUUCUGCCUUACAUGAUCAAUUUGUAUUGAAGCUGCAGUAGGACUAGGCAGUGAACCGAGGCAGAACUGCACCACACAGAAAGGGCAUCACUCACAUUAUAGCAGAAAAGUAUAGAUCUGGACAACAUACAUACAGUUGAAGUCGGAAGUUUACAUACACUUAGGUUGGAGUCAUUAAAACUUGUUUUUCAACCACUCCACAAAUGUCUUGUUAACAAACUAUAGUUUUGGCAAGUCGGUUAGGACAUCUACUUUGUGCAUGACACAAGUAAUUUUUCCAACAAUUGUUUACAGACAUAUUAUUUCACUUAUAAUUCACUGUAUCACAAUUCCAGUGGGUCAGAAGAGUACAUACACUAAGUUGACUGUGCCUUUAAACAGCUUGGAAAAUUCCAGAAAAUGAUGUCAUGGCUUUAGAAGCUUCUGAUAGGCUAAUUGACAUCAUUUGAGUCAAUUGGAGGUGUACCUGUGGAUGUAUUUCAAGGCCUACCUUCAAACUCUGUUUGCUUGACAUCAUAGGAAAAUCAAAAGAAAUCAGCCAAGACCUCAUAAAAUCAAUCCCAGAACAACAGCAAAGGACCUUGUGAAGAUGCUGGAGGAAACAGGUACAAAAGUAUCUAUAUCCACAGUAAAACUAGUCCUAUAUCGACAUAACCUGAAAGGCUGCUCAGCAAGGAAGAAGCCACUGCUCCAAAACCGCCAUAAAAAAGCCAGACUACGGUUUGCAACUGCACAUGGGGACAAAUAUCGUACUUUUUGGAGAAAUGUCCUCUGGUCUGAUGAAACAGAAAUAGAACUGUUUGGCCAUAAUGACCAUUGUUAUGUUUGGAGGAAAAAGGGGGAGCUUGCAAGCCGAAGAACACCAUCCCAACCGUGAAGCACGGGGUGGCAGCAUCAUGCUGUGGGGGUGCUUUGCUGCAGGAGGGACUGGUGCACUUCACAAAAUAGAUGGCAUCAAAAUUAUGUGGAUAUAUUGAAGCAACAUCUCAAGACAUCAGUCAGGAAGUUAAAGCUUGGUCGCAAAUGGUCUUCCAAAUGGACAAUGACCCCAAGCAUACUUCCAAAGUUGUGGCAAAAUGGCUUAAGGACAACAAGGUCAAGGUAUUGGAGUAGCCAUCACAAAGCUCUGACCUCAAUCUUAUAGAAAAUGUGUGGGCAGAACUGAAAAGUGUGUGCGAGCAAGGAGGCCUACAAACCUGACUCAGUUACACCAGCCCUGUCAGGAGGAAUGGGCCAAAAUUCACCCAACUUAUUGUGGAAAGCUUGUGGAAGGCUACCCGAAACGUUUGACCAAAAUUAAACAAUUUAAAGGCAAUGCUACCAAAUACUAAUUGAGUGUAUGUAAACUUCUGACCCACUGGGAAUGUGAUGAAAGAAAUAAAAGCUUAAAUAAAUCAUUCUCUCUACAAUUAUUCUGACAUUUCACAUUCUUAAAAUAAAGUGGUGAUCCUAACUGACCUAAAACAGGGAUUUUUUUACUAGGAUUAAAUGUCAGGAAUUGUGAAAAACUGAGUUUAAAUGUAUUUGGCUAAGGUCUAUGUAAACUUCAGACUUCAACUGUACGUCCUUAGUGGAGAAUGUAAGCACGUAGCCCUCGUUUUCUUCAGGGGGUCUCCUCGGCAGCUCAGUCGUUUUGCUCGAAGCGUGAGAAAAAGGUGUUUAGCUUGUUCGGUAGGGCGGCGUUGGUGUCCGGCGUGACUGGCUUUCUUUUUGUAAUUUGUGAAAGAUACCGUCGGUAUCACGUCACCGAAUGAAUUUUUUUUUAUGAAUCCGGUUACUGGGUCGGUGUAUUCAUUGAUGUUAUCCCCAGAGGCGACCUGGAACAUUCUAGCCCACGUGAUCAAAACAGUCUUGAAGCAUGGAUUCUAAUUGGUUAGACCAGCGUUGUACAGACCUGACCACCGGAACUUCCCUCUUGAGUCUUUUUUGUUUGUAGCCGGGGAGGAGCAAAAUGGAGUCAUGGUCAGAUUUGCUGAAAGGAGGACGGGAGAUGGCCUUAUACCCAUGUUGAAAAGGCGUGUAGCAGUUGUACGGCAUAGAAUCUCCAAGAGUUGGACAGUCAAUGUAUUGAUAGUAAUUCUGCAGCACGGUUCUCAAAUUACUUUUUUAAAAGUCCCCUGCGACAGUUUGUUCAGGGUCCAAUGAAGAUCUUGGAGCGGCUUGGAGCGGGAUGUACACAGCCAUGGCGAUAAUCCCUGAGAACUCUCUCGGAAGGCAUGAUGACCAAGUAUUCCAAGUCGGGAGAGCAGAAGCUUGCAAGUUCAUGUACGUUUCCACCAUAAAGCAGAGCCCUCCACCUUUAUUCUGGCCAGAGAGAGCCCUCUUCCUAUCAGCUCAAUGAACUGUAAAACCCGCUGGUUGUAUGUCAUCCGUUUGGAUGUCGGAGGAAAGCCACGUUUCAGAAAAACUGAGUAUGUUGCAGAUUUGUAUGUCCCUCUGGAAGUUCGUCAAGUUUAUUCAAUAAUGAUUGAACAUUGGCGAGUAGUAUGCUCGGUAAUGGAGGACGGGUCGCCCGGUGUUUCACUAAGAGCCCCCCACGUCUGCGUCUUCGUUUCCUACUCUCCGGUAGGACCACCAGGCAACCCUGCGCCUCACCAAAGAAGCUAGACUAUUGUUCUGCCAUCUCUGGGAAUUCGGGAAGGUCGGGUAGACGGUAGUACCCAGCGAUUCAUAUUCCAAUAGUUCUACCUGGGUGUAUGAAGUAAUGCACGAAACAAACUGAGUAAAAAAAUGUAGAUAAACACUAGAAAAAACACCAGAAAAAGUAGAAACCUGCAAUGUUUUGUAGGAGCUCGAGGUGAGGCGCCAUCUUAUAUUGUUGAAUAGAGGUAGAGGUGAAAUGUUUCCUCUGGUAUUGUGUCCCGUGUGUAAAUCCUGUCUAGUUUUCCUGUUGUUUCGUUCUGAGUUUUGGAGUUCUGCCUAGGUAUUUUCCAUCUCAGUGUCAGACUCUGCAUGGAAUGUGGCUGAAAUUCCCAAACAACACAAUUUACCCCUGGGUCCUGGAUUCAGGAGGAAAAGUACAGAUGAGAGCGAAAGCAAACACACGCACGCACACACACACACACACACAUACAUACACACACUGUCUAAUGGUAGGUGAAUGUUUGUCUCUGCAGUCAGCAGGUGUGUGUGUGUGUGUGUGUUUUAGCUGUGUGUGUGUGUGUAGUAGUGGAUUUUCCCUUUUGUUAGGCUAAUAUUUGAUUUAUCUCAUAGACCUGAAGGUUUGUUUUCCUCUCUCUAUCCAUCCCUCUAUGCCUCUCAUCCUGAUCUGUAUUCCUCCACCAUAUCUCUGUCCAUCAUUAACCUUUAUCAGAGGGGAGAGGGGGAGUGAUAGGAGGGGAAGAUGGGAGAGGGGAAAGCAGAUGUACCCCAGUCUGGACUUUAUCUCUCUCUUCUUAUCAGCUGUAUAGACCCCGUCUAUUACCCCAUUAUUACACACACACACACACACACACACACACACACACACACACACACACGGGUGCUGCUACUGACAACUAGUAAACACACUGUCACCCAGUGGCCUCCCUUAAAGGGGAUGUGUGUCUGUAGAGGAUUAUUUGUUCCCACAGAGCGCUGAGCAAGUCGAAGCCUGCCGCUCCCAAAGCAUCAUGGGAAUACUGGGCCCCAUGGAAUGGUCUCCAAAGAACAACAAACGCAACAUCCAACCAACUCUGGGACUAUGGAACUAGUACCCCGAGCUGAGCCACCAACUACCUGCCUGCCUACAACAUUCCAAACACACCAUGCAUGACACUAUUCUAGAACAGGUGUUCCCAAACUUUUUCACUCGGGGUCCCCCCUUCCAGCAUUGGGUAACAUACCGCACCCCACAUCUAUUUUUAUGGGCACAAGCACUGUUCAUGACACAAACUGUUCACACCCCUCUUGUUGGUAGAGAGAAUUUAGCAGGUUUAAAGCUUAUUUCCUGCAAUUCUACACAUUUUGUCAUGGGGUGCAAAGAAAACUUUGCAGUUUUAAAGCAAAUUGUCUUGCAAUUCUAUACAUUUUGCCACGUCUAAUGUGUAUUCAUGUGAUAUUUGAGUGACAAAAAAAUUACAACAAUAUCUAUGGGCUAAAAAACAUAAAUAAAAUAAAAACAUUAGCUGACAUGAGCUAGUUGAUCUGGACAUUUCUGACAAGUUAUAAAUUGCUCUCUAAGGUAUGCAAUGACUAACAUGACAAGAGGAACUGAUGACGCAUUAUCCAAUUUCGAAAUUGCAUCUUGAGCAUUCUACUAUCACAACUUUCAAAAUUGAGCUCAGGUGCAUCCUGUUUCCAUUGAUCAUCCUUGAGAUGUUUCUACAACUUGAUUGUAGUCCACCUGUGGUAAAUUCAAUUGAUUGGACAUGAUUUGGAAAGGCACACACCUGUCUAUAUAAGGUCCCACAGUUGACAGUGCAUGUCAGAGCAGAAACCAAGCCAUGAGGUCGAAGGAAUUGUCCGUAGAGCUCCGAGACAGGAUUGUGUCGAGACACAGAUCUUGGGAAGGGUACCAAAAAAUGUCUGCAGAAUUGAAGGUCCCCAAGAACACAGUGGCCUCCAUCAUUCUUAAAUGGAAGAAGUUUGGAACCACCAAGACUCUUCCUAGAGCUGGCCAAACUGAGCAAUCGGGGAAGAAGGGCCUUGGUCAGGGAGGUGACCAAGAAAACGAUGGUCACUCUGACAGCUCUCCAGAGUUCCUCUGUGGAGAUGGGAGAACCUUCCAGAAGGACAACCAUCUCUGCAGCACUCCACCAAUCAGGCCUUUUAUGGUAGAGUGGCCAGACGGAAGCCACUCCUCAGUAAAAGGCACAUGACAACCCGCUUGGAGUUUGCCAAAAGGCACCUAAAGACUCCCAGACCAUGAGAAACAAGAUUCUCUGGUCUGACGAAACCAAGAUUGAACUAUUUGGCCUGAAUGCCAAGCGUCACGUCUGGAAGAAACCUCGCACCAUCCCUACAGUGAAGCAUGGUGAUGGCAGCAUCAUGCUGUGGGGAUGUUUUUCAGCGGCAGGAACUGGGAGACUAGUCAGGAUCAAGGGAAAGAUGAACGGAGCAAAGUACAGAGAGCUCCAUGAUGAAAACCUGCUCCAGAGCGCUCAGACUGGGGCGACGGUUCACCUUCCAACAGGACUAUGACCCUAAGCACACAGACAAGACAAUGCAGGAGUGGCUUUGGGACAAGUCUCAAUGUCUUUGUGGGGCCCAGCCAGAGCCCGGACUUGAACCCGAUUGAACAUCUCUGGAGAGACCUGAAAAUAGCUGUGCAGCGACGCUCCCCAUCCAACCUGACAGAGUUUGAGAGGAUCUGCAGAGAAGAAUGGGAGAAACUCCCCAAAUACAGGUGUGCCAAGCUUGUAGCGUCAUACCCAAGAAGACUCGAGGCUGUAAUUGCUGCCAAAGGUGCUUCAACAAAGUACUGAGUAAAGGUUCUGAAUACUUAUGUAAAUGUGAUGAUAACCUGUUUUUGAUUUGUCAUUCUGGGGUAUUGUGUGUAGAUUGAGGGGGAAAAAACAAUUUAAUUCAUUUUAGAAUAAGUAACGUAACAAAAUGUGGCAAAAUUCAAGGGGUCUGAUUACUUUCCGAAUGCACUGUAUACAGAUGAGAGCUUCUACGAGCAAUGCUUACCUUUUAAUGAGAUGUGCCGCAUGCACACUCUCUCUCUCUUUCUCUCUGAGUGUUAAUCAGAAGGUGCUUAUGAGCAAUACUUACCUGUUAAUGGGAACUUAGCAGAGUGAUCCAUCACAGGUCUGUUAAUGCUGCUGCUCUUCCUAAUGAAGACUGAUGGCCUUAUCACUACUACAGAGAGGGAGGAGAGAGAGGGGUGUGUAUUGAGGAGUGAGCGGAAUGAAUAAAUACUACCCUCAAACAACUACUCCCUCUUUCCAUCCCCCUCUCCUCUCACCUCUAUUCACCCAACACAUAUUUUAGAAUGUCGGCCUGGGUUUUCCAUCUCCCCUUUUCUCACAUCCCUAGCUCUCCUCUCUCGGAAUAGAAACAGUGUUGGCAUGUUUAGGUGCCAGAGCUCUACCUCACUGUGUCCCCUCCCUGUAUGAUUGUGUGUGUGUGUGUGUGUGUGUGUGUGUGUGUGGGACACUGGUUGUGCGUCACACAUGUCAGGGUAUCAGCCGUGUAACCGGUGUGUUUAGCCAGCAUCCUGGGGAAGGGACGGGGGAUGGCCAGAGAGGAUGGUAGGUACUAGGUAGGUGCCUAGGGUGAUACCCUGUGUUUGGACCAGGCUUUGACUGUGGCAUUGGCUGUGUAUGACUCCGUCUGUUCCUGUCUUUAUUUAUAGAACUGUUCUACUGAGCCUGUGGAGAGACCUGAUGGCUGGCUUUACCUAGUCAAACACACAAGUGUGUGUGCGCUCACUGACCUCCUGAACCACCAGUUAACUAUUAUCAGUCAUAUCCUGCUUCCUGCUUUAACGCAUCACUUCCUUCUGGGACCCCUCUCUGGAUUGGGUUACAUUCCCUCUCUCUCUCUCUCUCUCUCUAUCUCUCUUUCUUGGUGUCUGACUAAUGACGGACAAAUUAGAGAUUAGGGGCGUGCACACACUCACCCUUAGCAUGAAUGCAUACGGUCAUCUGAAUGCAUGAAUCAAAGAACCAGACCAGCCUGAAGCGAAACUGAGUAAAGCAGAAGGGAGAGGAAGUGCUGAGCUGGUGAUAUGGCUUAGGGGUUAGUACAAUUGAGAAACCAUGUGACCCACUUCCUAUUGUGACAGAUUGUACCCCUCCCACCUGUGUAUUUGUGGGGGUGGGCUGGGUAUGAUGAUGGUUUAGGAAAAUAUUAUCUUUGGGUGUGUUAUUGAACGUUGUGAUGUCACACACACACACAGUUGAACCGGUUAUUCUUAGUCAUACUCAAAAGCCAUAGUGUUUCCACGCCUGCUUUCUGUUGUUCCAUUAUAAAGGCAUCUGACUGACUGGUAGUUAUUCUUCCACUGAACACUACUGUAUAAACUGUUUCACACACACCAACGCUCGCACUGUUACAACAUACACACACAUGGCAGACAGAAUAUCUCAGUCACAGAAUGACAAGACAAAGACAGAGGAAGUGUUAGGUGGUUAUCACGUGUAGCUUCUCACCUUUCUCUGUUUUCUCUCUGUCAUGUACCGUAAGGUCUUGGCCCUCCCUUGUGUGUGUUUGCAUUAGAUAAACAAAAGCUGAUAUGCUUGUGGGUAGGGGUUUGUCAUUGCCAUAAAAAUAAGUUGCUCAUUCAUUUCCUGCUUGUUGAGACAUGAAACGGGUUGGGGGUUUCUGCUACAGCAGGACACCACCAGUAAGUACCAGGAUGUUGGUGUAAUGUUAGACAAAUAGGAGGAAGAGGCUUGUAACAAUGGUAAAUGUAAUAACACCGGUAAAUGUAAUAACUUUUCUAUUUUAAUUUUUUUAAAAUCGAAUAAACCCGCUUAAUGUAAUAACUUGCCGGUAAACGCAAUAAAAUGUUGAAUGGUAAUCAUAAUAACUUUUUCUGACCAAAUGUAAUAAGUUAAUACAUUAACUGGUGGUUAUUACAUUAACCGGUGAGUAACAACUUUUUUAUGAAUAAUGUAUUAACUUCAACCAAUCAUGUAAUAACAUACUCAAAUCUAUGUUUUUAUGCACAUACCAUCCACCACCCACUGCCAAUUACAUCAGAACCAAACUCAUGCAUAUCUGUUACAGGAGGGGGUCGCAGUUCCGGAGCGACCCACUAGGUGUCAUCCUCCGACAACCUUAGGCACCUCCUCACUCACAGUCGGGACUAUUCAUCAUCAUAUUGGUGUCACCUGUGUCUAUCUGUUCACCUGUGUAUUUAUGCCCUCACUUCCCUGUGUUCCCUUGCUCAGUUUUCUCUGCUAGUUUCUCUAUGUCCAGCAGUACUACUCAGUGUCUGAUCGGAGACCUAUGUACAGGUACUUGAGAAGUGUUUUCCCUGUUUCGUUAUUUGUUUCAGUCUUAGGUAGUAUUUCGUAUUUUGGCUGUCAGACGGUUUUUGGAGACUUAUUUGCUCCGCCUUUCUUUUAUCGUGAUAAGUCCGUUCUUUUAUAUUUUGGCUUCGGGACCACCAGUAAAGAUCCUUGUUUCACCAUCUCUGCCUACUGUAUAUUGUGCACCGCACCUGGGUCAUACCUCACCCCAACCCUUACAGAAAACUGAGCCAAUAUGGAGCCAGUGGAGGCAGCACAGUAUCGGAGCACAUUGGCAACACAGGGAGCUAUGCUGAACCAACACGACCGCAGCCUGCAGCAGAUCACCGAGAAUCUUCACCAGCUGACGAUCACCAUGCAGAGCCGGGUGGACACCCAACCAGCCCCGGCAGCCGGCGGAGCGGAAGCCGCGGCAGCUGCGUCUUCAGUCUCACCUGCGACAGUCUCACCUGCGACUCAUGCCCGGAGAAGCCGGGAAACGGGAGGGCCCGCUAGUAUUUGGAGGGGUGCUAGCGAGCCCGAACCGAAAACCCCGACAUCCAGAGACUACCAGACUUCUCUCCCCGUCAGGGUUCAGUGGGCCCUUGCUGCGCGUCGGGAGCAUGCACUGGUGGAUUCUGGGGCCGCGGGAAACCUGAUGGUUGCGGGGCUGGCCCAAGGGUGGAGCGUUCCGCUACUCUCCCUCGCCGAGCCGGUUCCGGUCAUGGGCCUGGACGGCCGGCCGUUGGGGUUGGGCCUGUUCCGGUCUCCACCGACCACUCAUUAGCCCAAACCACUGUCCCAGACCACCUACCAGUCCUCACCUCUUCCCCAGGUCCCGCACUCCGAACUGCCUACCGCUCUAGCGGCGGUUGCCACCGGGAGGACAGCAGCUACAGACUCCGUCACCGGCCCAGACCUGGCAGGCGUUCCCCGGGAGUAUUGGGAUCUGGAGGAGGUAUUUAAUAAGAUGUGUGCCAAGGGCCUACCUCCUCACAGGCCUUAUGACUGCGCUAUCGAUCUCCUGCUGGGCGCCAUGCCCACACGAGGGCGAUUGUUUUCCUUGUCCCAGCCGGAGACGCUGGCCAUGAGGGAGUAUAUCGACAAGGCACUCGUCGAGGGUCACAUCUGUCAGUGGAGAGUCCGGAGUCAGCCCUCCAGCCCAACAUUCCACAUCAGUACGCAGAUUUCUCCGAUAUCUUCUCUUCAUCAAAGGCUACAUGUCUCCCUCCUCACAGGCCCUGGGACUGCACCAUUGACCUGCUGGAGGGACAACACCCCCCGAAGAGUCGCAUUUACCCCCUUUCCAUGGCGGAGACUGAGGCCAUGGAGAAGUAUGUGGUGGAGACACUGAAACAGGGGUUCAUCAGACGCUCUACCUCUCCUGCCUCCGCCAGCUUCUUCUUCGUGGCCAAAAAAGACAGAGGACUGAGACCAUGCAUUGACUACAGGGGGCUGAACGCAGUCACCACCAAGUACCGGUACCUUCUCCCUCUGGUUCCGUCGGCCAUCGAGCAGCUGCGAGGGGCCCGGUACUUUACCAAGUUGGACCUGAGGAGUGCCUACAACCUGAUCCGAAUCCGGGAAGGAGAUGAGUGGAAGACACCAUUCAGCACUACCUCAGGCCACUAUGAAUACUGCAUCAUGUCCUACGGCCUCGCCAAUGCACCUUCUGUGUUCCAGUCCUUCGUCUACCUCACCCGCGGGCUUCUACUUCGUGGGGAAAAAGGACGGUGGGCAGCGGCCAUGCAUUGAUUACCGGGCGCUCAACGACAUCACGGUUAAGAACCGCUACCCACUCCGCCUGAUGAUGACGGCAUUCGAGUCGUUGCAGGGAGCCCGGGUCUUCACCAAGCUGGACUUACGUAAUGCCUACAACCUGAUGAGGAUUCGGGAGGGGGACGAGUGGAAGACGGCUUUUAACACACCCAGUGGGCAUUACGAGUUCCAAGUCAUGCCGUUGGGUCUAGCCAACGCGCCUGCGGUGUUCCAGGCGUUGGUCAAUGACGUACUCCGGGACCUCCUCGACUACAGUGUCUUCGUGUAUUUUGAUGACAUCCUAAUAUUUUAGAAGGACAUGAGUGAACAUCAGCAUGUUCGGCAUGUCCACCAACGCCUUCUCCGUCACCAGCUCUACGUCAAGGUGGAGAAGUGUGUGUUCCACACAGAGACAGUCUCCUUCCUGGGGUUCAUCGUCACCCAGGGGGACCUAUGGAUGGACCCAGCCAAGGUCAGCGCAGUACUGGAUUGGCCCCAGCCUUCAUCCCUCAAGCAACUACAAAGUUUUUUAGGGUUUGCUUAUUUUAGUUGAUUUAUUCGCAAUUUUAGAUCCCAAACGCUCCCCUGACAGCCCUCACCCAGACGACCGUACGCUCCUUUGCCUGGACCCCGAAGCGGGGAACGCAUUUGAUGCGCUUAAGUGGCACUUUACAUCGGCCCCGGUUCUCGGGCAUCCUGAUCCCUGAUUGCUGCCCCAGUUUCGUGGAGAAUUGAUAGCCUGGUCAGAGCAGCGCUACGGCGGGAGCCCGACCUGGGCAGCGGUCCAUCGGGGAGGAUGUACGUACCAUGGGCGCACGCGUCAGACCUCACCAUCCAUCCGGGGGGUGCCAGGAUGUUGGAGUUCCUGCGUAGGAGGUUCUGGUGGCCAUCUGCUGAGGGGGAUACGCGUGCCUUCGUGGCUGCUUGCCCAGUGUGCGCGCACACGAAGAGCUCACGUCAGCCCGCGGCAGGGCUGCUCCGACCCCUGCCUAUCCCCAAGCGCCCCUGGUCCCACAUCUCGCUGGAUUUAAUUUCCACACUACCCCCACUCUGAUGGAUACACAGUCCUCGUGGUCAUUGUGGAUCGGUUCUCGAAGGCUGCCCACUUCAUUCCCCUUCCCAAACUCCCGUCGGCCUGGGAGACGGCUAAGUUGGUGCUGCAGCAUGUUUUCCGGGUCCAUGGCCUUCCCCAAGAUGUGGUGUCGGAUCGGGGCCCUCAGUUCGCCUCCAGGUUCUGGAAGGCGUUCGCCACCUGCCUCGGCACCUCCAUCAGCUUGUCUUCUGGCUUCCAUCCCCAGUCAAACGGCAGACGGAGCGCGUCAACCAGGAUCUGGAGGGGGUGCUGAGGUGCUACGCCUCCAGCAACCCAGCUACAUGGAGUCAGCGACUGGCGUGGGCGGAGUACGCCCACAACACCCUUCUUUGCUUGUCCACCGGCCUGUCCCCCUUCCAGUGCCAAUACUGGUACCAACCCCCCUUAUUCCCCGAGCAAGAGGAAGAGGCAUCGUUUCCCGUCGGUCCAGGCCCACAUCAGUCAUUGUCGCCACACCUGGAGGCAGUUACGGGCGGCGCUUAAGCGGGCCUCGGUCAAGUCUCAACAUCAGGCCAACCGCAGGCGUCGCCCGGCCCCGGUCUUUUGCUCGUGACAGAGGGUGUGGCUCUCCACGUGGAGUCCAGGAAGCUGUCCCCCCGGGCCAUUCAGAGUGGUCCGGCGAGUUAACCCAGUGGCCUACCGCCUGCAACUUCCCCCCACCAUGAGGGUGCAUCCCACAUUCCAUGUGUCCCUCCUCAAGCCCGUUGCCACCUGUCCCCUGGCUCCCCCUCCGCGUCCUGUUCCCCCGCUGCGCCUCGUCGGAGGGCAGCCGGCUUUUACUGAGGACCGGAUCCUGGACUGCCGGCUCGUUGGGAGGGGUCUCCAAUUUCUGGUGGACUGGGAGGGUUAUGGGCCGGAGGAGCAGUCCUGGGUGUCCAGGAGGGACAUUCUGGACCCAGGGCUGAUAACAACAUUCCGUCGCCUCCACUCGGAGGCGCCGAGGUGAACGGCUGGGGACGUUCGCCGGGGGUGCACUGUUACAGGAGGGGGUCGCAGUUCAGGAGCGACCCACUAGGUGUCAUCCUCCGACAACCUUAGGCACCUCCUCACUCACAGUCGGGACUAAUCAUCAUCAUAUUGGUGUCACCUGUGUCUAUCUGUUCACCUGUGUAUUUAUGCCCUCACUUCCCUGUGUUCCCUUGCUCAGUUUUCUCUGCUAGUUUCUCUAUGUCCAGCAGUACUACUCAGUGUCUGAUCGGAGACCUAUGUACAGGUACUUGAGAAGUGUUCUCCCUGUUUCAUUAUUUGUUUCAGUCUUAGGUAGUAUUUCGUAUUUUGGCUGUCAGCCGGUUUUUGGAGACUUAUUUGCUCCGCCUUUCUUUUAUCGUGAUAAGUCCGUUAUAUUUUGUAUUUUGGCUUCGGGAACAUCAGUAAAUAUCCUUGUUUCACCAUAUCUGCCUACUGUAUAUCCUGCACCGCACCUGGGUCACACCUCACCCCAACCCUUACACACAUCAUACAGAAAUACUCAUAUAGACACUCACAAGCACACAUUGAAAUGUACACACAUGCACAGUCAUAUACAGUAUCUCACAAAAGUGAGUACACCCCUCACAUCUUUGUAAAUAUUUGAGUAUAUCUUUUCAUGUGACAACACUGAAGAAAUGACACUUUGCUACAAUGUAAAGUAGUGAGUGUACAGCUUGUAUAACAGUGUAAAUUUGCUGUCCCCUCAAAAUAACACAACACACAGCCAUUAAUGUCUAAACCGCUGGCAACAAAAGUGAGUACACCCCUAAGUGAAAAUGUCCAAAUUGGGCCCAAAGUGUCAAUAUUUUGUGUGGCCACCAUCAUUUUCCAGCACUGCCUUAACCCUCUUGGGCAUGGAGUUCACCAGAGCUUCACAGGUUGCCACUGGAGUCCUCUUCCACUCCUCCAUGAUGACAUCACGGAGCUGGUGGAUGUUAGAGACCUUGCACUCCUCCACCUUCCGUUUGAGGAUGCCCCACAGAUGCUCAAUAGGGUUUAGGUCUGGAGACAUGCUUGGCCAGUCCAUCACCUUUAUCCUCAGCUUCUUUAGCAAGGCAGUGGUAGUCUUGGAGGUGUGUUUGGGGUCGUUAUCAUGUUGGAAUACUGUCCUGCGGCCCAGUCUCCGAAGGGAGGGGAUCAUGCUUUGCUUCAGUAUGUCACAGUACAUGUUGGCAUUCAUGGUUCCCUCAAUGAACUGUAGCUCCCCAGUGCUGGCAGCACUCAUGCAGCCCCAGACCAUGACACUCCCACCACCAUGCUUGACUGUAGGCAAGACACACUUGUCUUUGUACUCCUCACCUGGUUGCCGCCACACACGCUUGAUACCAUCCGAACCAAAUUAGUUUGUCUUGGUCUCAUCAGACCACAGGACAUGGUUCCAGUAAUCCAUGUCCUUAGUCUGCUUGACUUCAGAAAACUGUUUGCGGACUUUCUUGUGCAUCAUCUUUAAAAGAGGCUUCCUUCUGGGACGACAGCCAUGCAGACCAAUUUGAUGCAGUGUGCGGCGUAUGGUCUGAGCACUGACAGGCUGACCCCCCCACCCCUUCAACCUCUGCAGCAAUGCUGGCAGCACUCAUACGUCUAUUUCUCAAAGACAACCUCUGGAUAUGACACUGAGCACGUGCACUCAACUUCUUUGGUCGACCAUGGCGAGGCCUGUUUUGAGUGGAACCUGUCCUGUUAAACCGCUGUAUGGUCUUGGCCACCGUGCUGCAGCUCAGUUUCAGGGUCUUGGCAAUCUACUUAUAGCCCAGGCCAUCUUUAUGUACAUUUUACAUUUUAGUCAUUUAGCAGACGCUCUUAUCCAGAGCAACUUACAGUUAGUGAGUGCAUACAUUAUUAUUUUUAAUUUUUUCAUACUGGCCCCCCAUGGGAAUCGAACCCACAACCCUGGCGUUGCAAACGCCAUGCUCUACCAACUGAGCUACAUCCCUGCCGGCCAUUCCCUCCCCUACCCUGGACGACGCUGGGCCAAUUGUGCGCCGCCCUAUGGGUCUCACGGUCACGGCCGGCUACGACAGAGCAACAAUUAUUUUUUUCAGAUCCUCAGAGUUCUUUGCCAUGAGGUGCCAUGUUGAACUUCCAGUGACCAGUAUGAGGGAGUGUGAGAGCGAUGACACCAAAUUUAAUACACCUGCUCCCCAUUCACACCUGAGACCUUGUAACACUAACGAGUCACAUGACACCGAGGAGGGAAAAUGGCUAAUUGGGCCCAAUUUGGACAUUUUCACUUAGGGUGUACUCACUUUUGUUGCCAGCGGUUUAGACAUUAAUAGCUGUGUGUUGAGUUAUUUUGAGUGGACAGCAAAUUUACACUGUUAUACAAGCUGUACACUCACUACUUUACAUUGUAGCAAAGUGUCAUUUCUUCAGUGUUGUCACAUGAAAAGAUAUACUCAAAUAUUUACAAAAAUGUGAGGGGUGUACUCACUUUUGCGAGAUACUGUGUGAGUGUAUAUAUAUAUAUAUAUACACACACACACACACACACACACACACACACACACACACACACAACAAUUUACUUUAUUAUUAUUAAUCAAGCUUAUUAUGUUUCUGGUGAUUAUUACAUUAUCAGGUCAGUAGCAACUUCUUUUAUGAAGAACAUAAUGGGCUAACUUCAACCGAUCAUGUAAUAACCAAAAUCUCUGUACUAUUGUAUUAUUUCCCUUAUUUUGAUGGACAUGGAAUAGUCUCAAAAGUGCAAAAGCCAUCAAUCUGGCACUCCAGGCAGGCUAAAGCAAACGCUUAACUAGACACAACAUCCAGGUGACCAAGAACGUCUUAAAAAUGUCCUCGGGAUGUCCCCAGGACCAACUGUGAACUAGAGAACCUCCAGGGGACCAUGACACAACGUCCUGGCGACUUUAGGCAACCAUUUCAUGACGUCCCGGGGACGUCCUAACUACUCAUUAUUGUUUGCAGGGAACUAUUGCAGAUUACAUGUUUAAUACUAGGGCAUACAGAUUCCUUCAAGUAUUUUUUUUGUGUGCGUGCGGGUGUGUGUGACUGCAUGUGUGUGCAUUUCAAUGUGUGCUUGUGAUUGUCUAUAUUCUGUAUGAUGUGCAUGAGUUUGUUUGGGUUGUAAUUGCUGGUGGGUGGUAUGUGCAUCAAAUUGAACAAAGUCAUACGUCAAAAAAUGAGAUUUUGGUAUGUUAUUACAUGAUUGGUUGAAGUUAUUACAUUAUUCAUGAAAAAAGUUGUUACUCACCAGUUAAUGUAAUAACCACUGGUUAAUGUAAUAACUUGUUACAUUCAACAAAAAAAGGUAUUACGUUUACCGUUCAACAUUUUAUUACAUUUACUGGCAAGUUAUUACAUUUACCGGGUUUAUUACAUUUACUGUUGUUACAAUGCUAGACCCUAACACUGAAGGAAGCAUGUGUAAGCUUGCAUGGUAGCAGUAAUUGACGGGGGAAGGGAAAUGACGUGACACCGGUGCUCUGUGUCAACUGACUGGUGGGAUUGUGGUAUCGUGGAAAGAGGCCACAGGUGCUACCCUCAUCACACACACAGACCAACACAUGCACACACACACACCCCUCCACUGGGAUGGAUUCUCCAUUAUCUGUUUAUGAGCACCUGUUGAAGUUGAAAGGUUAAAGUUAAUGUGGACGACCCCCCCCCCCCCCCCCAAAUGCGGUGCUGCAGCAGAUGUGUGUGUGUGUUUGGGCAGGUGGUGUGGGGAGUGUGUGUGUGUGUGUUUGGGCAGGUGGUGUGUGGGGUGUGUGUGUGUGUAUUCCUCUCUUUUAUAAAAUUUAGGACAGAACCAGAGGUUAUGGACAGUAACAUAUGCACACUCAAACACACAUUGACCCCUCUCUGCAGUUGGCCAAUAUUACAGCUGACCAAACUUGGCUCACUGGAAGGCUGCUCUUCUGUGCUCUGAGAGGCUGUGGGAGCUCCGUCAUGUCCCAGAGUUCAACACUGGAGUGGUUUAGCAAACACAUCUCUGUAAUAGAGCCCAGAGCCUUUUCCCAUCUCUCUCUUUCUCUCUUUCUCUUUAACACUCUCAAUUCAAUGCAAAGGGCUUUAUUGGCAUGGGAACAUAUGUUUACAUUGUCAAAGCAAGUGAAAUAGAUAAUAAACUAAAGUGAAAUAAACAAUUGAAAAUGAACAGUAAACAUUACACUCACAUACGUUUCAAAGGAAUAGAGACAUUUCAAAUGUCAUAUUAUGGAUAUGUAUAGUGUUGUAACGAUGUGCCAAUAGUCUCUCUUCCCCCUCUCUCUCGCUCUCUAUCCCCUCUCUCUCUCUCUACCCCCCCUCUCUCUCUCUCUCUCUCUCGCUCUCUCUCUUCCCUCUCUCUACCCUCUCUCUCUCCCUACCCUCUCUCGCUCUCUCUGCCCUCUCUCUCGCUCUACCCUCUCUCUCGCUCUACCCUCUCUCUCUCCUUACCCUCUCUCUCUCUCUCUCUCUGCCCUCUCUCUCUACCCUCUCACUCUCCCUACCCUCUCUCUCUCUGCCCUCUCUCUCUGUACCCUCUCUCUCUCUCUCUCUCUCUCUCGCUCUUGCUCUUUUUAUUUCUGUACUCUCAUGCUCUCUCUUUCUGUCACACCUUCAUGUCAUUAAUUCAGAUUCCGGAAUAUAAUCUUUCCUUGUUGAGUAAAUGUUUCCCAGCCUCAUUUGAAACUUCUUGGCUGCGUAGUUACUGUUUGGUCACUCUGUGGUGCCAUUCAUCUGUUAAUGUGUCAAAACGCUUUAGCUAGUUUAGAUUCUUUAACAUGCUCCCUCUGCACAACACCAGAAAGGAUCUAUUGUCUGGAUUUGUUUUAGGCGAGUAGUGGAAUGAGACAUUUGGGUAAGAGAAGCAUUUGUGCUUCCUGCACAGUGUGUGUGUGUGUGUGUGUGUGUGUGUGUUGCCUUGCCUGUUGAUGGUCCUCGAAGGCAAAACAAAUUACUUGGACAGCGUAGGUCAGGGAAUGGAGGCGGUACUGAAAUAAAAAGAGAAGGAAAAAUGAAUGGCGGCCAUUUUUGGUUCCCAUCCUCCACCUGAUCCACUGACAGUAAAUUUUUUUAGCAGUUCUUUGUUUCCAGGAAUUUGACUGGUAAUCAGUGCAGUCCGUGUGUAUAUGUGUGACAGAUCUGAUUUACACGUUGAUGUGCUGUUCUUAGUUGAGGGAGCGUGUUAGUUAGCUGAAGCCCUCCUUCAUCAACUCUUCAUCUCUCCCUCCUUCCCCUCUCUGUUAUUUUCUGUCUUGUUUUCCUUGAUUUCCUUUUCCUCUCUUGCUCUCUGUCCUGUCUGCUUUCUGUCCCGCUAGCAGUCUAUUGAGAUGCAGUCUUGAGUGUCUGUUUUCCUCAGCUCUUUAGGACCAUUGUCCUUGUCUAGUGAAACUUGGAGAGAGAAGUGCACUCACUGUUUGUUAACGUGUGUGUGUGUGUGUGUGUGUGUGUGUGUGUGUGUCAGGGUUGGGCAACAGUCCGAGUGGGAUAUGGGAAGCACUGUUUAAGUGAGCUGUGUGUGUGUGCGCCUUCAUCAAAGUGUGUGUGUACCUGUGUGUGUGUGAGAGAGACCUGGCAGGGUUCGCUAGAGCCCCAAUGGCCUCUCUCAAUUAGACACAAAAUGUCACCCGAGGUCCCUUUUGUGGCCAGUGAAAUGGACGCCAUAAAAACACAGCUACAAUUGUGUCCAUUCUGAGCUGCCAGACUCUUUACACCUCCUCCACUGUUGUUGAGGACCUUCCUCUCUCUCUUUCUCUACUUUUUCCAAGGUAUCUCUCUCCUUUUCUGAGGUAGUUUUAAACCAGUGCUGUGUGGGUUUGAGUCUAGCUUGUUGAAUAGGGCGUCUCUCCUCCUUUUUCCUGAGGUUGUUUUCAGAUGUCUAUCUCCCCUCUUCCUGGUUGUUUUCAGAUAGAGCUGCAGGAUUUCUGUCUGGUUGGUGCAAAGAAUGUAUCUUCUUCUCUGAGGUCUAUCAAACAGUGAGGUUUCAGACUAGUCUGCUCCUGACUAGCAGUGUAAAGGAAAACAUAUGGUUCAAGAGAAAAUGCUUGUUAGAGUGGUUGAAUAUGACUUGUAGUCAGUUAACUCAUUAUUUCAUGCACCUUGGUUUGACUGCACCACAUGUAGCGACUGCAGAAGUGCUGUCAAAGAUGACUUUCUGUUAAUUGGUGUGUGUGUUGAUUGGUUGGUACAGUGAGGAGCACUAGGAGACGUCUUCAGAGGGACACAGAUUGGCCUACUUUACUCAAAUCCUUAUUGACCCAAUUUGGAGCUUGGCGGAGCAUCCCCCACCUCCAAACACACACAUGCCUCCCCCCUACACACUGUUUCCCGCUAGUGCACUCCCACACACCUCUCAAUGUUUCUGUCUACAGAGCAUGCUCUAUUCCUAUUGGCUGUGUGGCAGAGGUAAGGAAUGGAAGGGCAGCUAGCCAUUGUCUAAUAAAUACACAGUUAAAGGCGGGUCUUUGUUACAAUGCUGUGAGAACCAGAAUGACACUAGCCAGCCGCCUCUAGCCAGCCGUCUCGACGGGCAACCAACUGGACAACCUCUGGCAUGACAUGGUCCUUACAGACCGCCCCAUAGGGUGCCACUGCUUUCUCACAGGCCAUGGGGUGACCCUUAUUAUGCCAGAAUAAAAGCCCUUCUCAGUUUUCCAUUUACUGGAGCUAUAGUUAACCAUCCGUUGACUCCAUUGUAUGUGGAGUUAUAAUGUUGAUGAUUCCUCAAACAUAAUUAAAUGAUUCAGAUAUAACAUAGUAAACUGAACAAAAAUCUAAACGCAACAUGUAAAGAGUUGGUCCCAUGUUUCAUGAGCUGAAAUAAAAGAUACCAGAAAUGUUCCAUAUGCACAAAAAGCUUAUUUCUCUCAAAUGUUGUGCCCAAAUUUGUUUACAUCCCUGUUAGUGAGCAUUUCUCCUUUGCCAAGAUAAUCCAUCCACCUGACAGGUGUGGCAUAUCAAGAAGCUGAUUAAAGGGCAUGAUCAUUACACAGGUGCACCAUAUGCUGGGGACAAUAAAAGGCCACUCUAAAAUGUGCAGUUUUGUCACACAACACAAUUGUCACGCCCUGGCUCUGGGACUCUGUUAUGUUGAGCCAGGGUGUGUAGUUUCUAUGUGUUUGUGUUCUAGGUUCUUUAUCUAGCUCAUGUGUUUCUGUGUUGGCCGGGGUGGUUCUCAAUCAGAGGCAACGAGUGUCAGCUGUUGCUUGUUGUCUCUGAUUGGGAACCAUACUUAGGCAGCCUGUUUUCCACAGUGUUUUGUGGGAUCUUGUUCCGUGUUGGUUUUGUGUUGUAAACCAAGGACUUCACGUAUCGUUUUGUUGUUUUGUUCGUGUGGGUGAAUAUAAAUAAAAGUAUGUUUCGCAUAUCACGCUGCGCCUUGGUCCACUGUGUUAGACGAUCGUGACAACAAUGCUUCAGAUGUCUCAAGUUUUGAGGGAGCGUGCAAUUGGCAUGCUGACUGCAGGAAUGUCCGCCAGAUAAUUAAAUGUUAAUUUCUCUACCAUAAGCCGCCUCCAACAUCGUUUUAGACGUCCAACCGGCCUCACCGCAGACCAUGUGUAUGGCAUCGUGUGGGCGAGCGGUUUGCUGAUGUCAAAGUUAUGAACAGAGUGCCCCAUGGUGGCGGCGGGGUUAUGGUAUGGGCAGGCAUAAGCUACGGACAACGAACACAAUUGCAUUUUAUCGAUGGCAAUUUGAAUGCACAGAGAUACCGUGGCGAGAUCCUGAGGCCCAUUGUGGUGCCAUUCAGCCGCCGCCAUUACCUCAUGUUUCAGCAUGAUAAUGUAUAAUGCACAGUCCCAUUUCGUAAGGAUCUGUACACAAUUCCCAUGGCCUGCAUACUCACCAGACAUGUUUGGGAUGCUCUGGAUCAACGUUUAUUUAUUUUUAUUUUAUUUUACCUUUAUAUAACUAGGCAAGUCAGUUGAGAACAAAUUCUUAUUUACAAUGACGGCCUACACCGGACGACGCUGGGCCAAUUGUGUGCCGCCCUAUGGGACUCCCAAUCACGGCCGGUUGUGAUACAGCCUGGAAUCGAACCAGGGGGUCUGUAGUGAUGCCUCAAGCACUGAGAUGCAGUGCCACUCGGGACAGCGUGUUCAGUUUUCCGCCAAUAUCCAGCAACUGAAGAGGAGUGGAACAACUUUCCACAGGCCACAAUCAACAGCCUGAUCAACUCUAUACAAAGGAGACGUCACACCAGAUACUGACUGGUUUUCUGAUCCACGGCCCUACCUUUAAAAAAAAAAAAAAAUGUUGUGACCAACAGAUGCAUAUCUGUAUUCCCAUCUCAUGUGAAAUCCGUAGAUUAGGGCCUUAUUUAUUUAUUUAAAUUGACUGAUGUCCUUAUAUGAUCUAACUGUAACUCAGUAAAAUCUUUGAAAUUGUUGCAUAUUGCGUUUAUAUUUUUGUAUAUUUAACAUGGACCACUUUGGAAACAAGCGUUUUAAUUAAUACUUUCCUCUGGGUCCACAUUGUACAUUUUGUUGUAUAUGUCUGUUACCCAAAAUAAAUUCAAUAAAAAAAUCAAGAGUUAAGUCUAGUUGCUGUGGUAGGCAGUUAAGGUUUAAUGCAGCGCUAGAUAGUAUGUGUGUAUACUCUGUAGUGGUAGUUGAGGGUUAAAUCUGGUUGCUGUGCAGUGCUAGGCAGUAUUAUGGUCUGUAGUGGUAGUUAAGGGUUAAGUCUGGUUUCCAUGGUAGGUAGUUAAGGGUUAAGUCUGGUUGGCAAUAUUAUGCAAGCUGCAGAGCAGAGAGAGAGGAAGAGUGGAAGUGCAUUACAGAAUGCUGAGCUCAGGGCUCUGGCACACCGCCAAGCCUCUCCACACACACACACACACACACACACACACACACACACACACACACACACACACUCAGCUGAGGGCUUUCCAAGCUUCCCACCAGCCCAGCAGUCUCCUACCCGGUUUAGGAAUUCUCUCUGCCUCUCCCUCCCUCCCUGUUUUUCUCUCCUUCUCCCUCCUACCUCUCCCUCCCUAUGUCUUUGCCUUCCUCUCCCUCUUCUCUCUCUGAUGUCAGUAGUUCAGCUGUGGGCCAUGCAUGACUCGGGUUGGGCCAUACAGACUGCUCUUUCUGUGUUGUGUGUGUGUGUGUGUGUGUGUGUGUGUGUGUGUGUGUGCGUGCAAACUGUUACAUUGUGGAGCAACUGCCAACUGGGGAUGUACAGUAUGUGCAUGUGUGCGAGUGUGGGUGUGUGUUACACAAACUGAUGUGAUGUGUGUGUGUGUGCGAGAGAGUGCGGAUGUGUGUCAGUGUGUGAAACGUGAUCCCUUGUGUUGUUGUGUCAGCUGACUGCUAGGCAGGAAAUGGAGGAGUAAAAGAAGGCGGGUUCUCUUUCGCUCUAAACCUCUCUCUGGCUGCAUUUCAAACUAAAGUAGACAGCCCUCGGCCCUAAACCCUCAGCCCUUGAAUGACGUUUUACAUCGUCACUUCGUCACAUCUGAGUGUACCUUAAAUGUCCCUUUCCCAAGCCAGGGAGUGAUGAUCGGAGAGGCAACGUCCUUGGUGGAAAUCUUGAAGUUGAACUUAAAAACAACCAACCUAAAGCUAUUAAUGUACCUUGCAAGCUAACGUAGCUAGCUAGCACUCCUGUCAGGUAGCUAGCUAGCUACAGUUACCCAUAGCUGGCUAGCUAGUUUUAUAGUUUGGUAAUUUAUUCCAAUACAUUUCAGAAUUCCCAAAAAAUAUGUUUAUUUUAUUUCAUUUUUAUUUCACCUUUAUUUUACCAGGUAAGCCAGUUGAGAACAAGUUCUCAUUUACAACUGCGACCUGGCCAAGAUAAAGCAAAACAGUGCGAUAAAAACAACAACAACACAGAGUUACAUAUAUGGGAUAAACAAAACGUACAGUCAAAAACACAAUAGAAAAUCUAUAUACAGUGUGUGCAAAUGUAGUAAGUUAUGGAGGUAGGGCAAUAAAUAGGCCAUAGUGCAAAAUAAUUUAGUAUUAACACUGGAGUGAUAGAUGUGCAGAAGAUGAUGUGCAAAUAGAGAUACUGGGGUGCAAAUGAGCAAAAUAAAUAACAAUAUGGGGAUGAGGUAGUUGGGUGGGCUAAUUACAGAUGGGCUGUGUACAGGUGCAGUGAUCAGUAAGCUUCUCUGACAACUGAUGCUUAAAGUUAGUGAGGGAGAUAAGAGUCUCCAGCUUCAGAGAUUUUUGCAGUUCGUUCCAGUUAUUGGCAGCAGAGAACUGGAAGGAAUGGCGGCCAAAGGAGGUGUUGGCUUUGGGGAUGACCAGUGAGAUAUACCUGCUGGAGUGCAUACUACGGGUGGGUGUUGCUAUGGUGACCAAUGAGCUAAGAAAAGGCGGGGAAUUGCCUAGCAGUGAUUUAUAGAUAACCUGGAGCCAGUGGGUUUGGCGACGAAUAUGUAGUGAGGGCCAGCCAACGAGAGCGUACAGGUCACAAUGGUGGAUAGUAUAUGGGGCUUUGGUGACAAAAUGUAUGGCACUGUGAUAGACUACAUCCAAUUUGCUGAGUAUAGCGUUGGAGGCUAUUUUGUAAAUGACAUUGCCGAAGUCAAGGAUCGGUAGGAUAGUCAGUUUUACAAGGGCAUGUUUGGCAGCAUGAGUGAAGGAGGCUUUGUUGCGAAAUAGGAAGCCGAUUCUAGAUUUAACUUUGGAUUGGAGAUGCUUAAUGUGAGUCUGGAAGGAGAGUUUACGGUCUAACCAGACACCUAGGUAUUUGUAGUUGUCCACAUAUUCUAAGUCAGACCCGCCGAGAGUAGUGAUUCUAGUCGGGCGGGCGGGUGCAAGCAGCGUUCGAUUGAAGAGCAUGCAUUUAGUUUUACUAGCGUUUAAGAGCAGUUGGAGGCUACGGAAGGAGUGUUGUAUGGCAUUGAAGCUCGUUUGGAGGUUUGUUAACACAGUGUCCAAUGAAGGGCCAGAUGUAUACAAAAUGGUGUCGUCUGCGUAGAGGUGGAUCUGAGAGUCACCAGCAGCAAGAGCGACAUCAUUGAUAUACACAGAGAAUAGAGUCGGCCCGAGAAUUGAACCCUGUGGCACCCCCAUAGAGACUGCCAGAGGUCCAGACAACAGGCCCUCCGAUUUGACACAUUGAACUCUAUCUGAGAAGUAGUUGGUGAACCAGGUGAGGCAGUCAUUUGAGAAACCAAGGCUAUUUAGUCUGCCAAUAAGAAUGCGGUGAUUGAGUGAGUCGAAAGCCUUGGCCAGGUCGAUGAAGACGGCUGCACAGUACUGUCUUUUAUCAAUCUCGGUUAUAAUAUCGUUUAGUACCUUGAGCGUGGCUGAGGUGCACCCAUGACCAGCUCGGAAACCAGUUGCAUAGCGGAGAAGGUACUGUGGGAUUCGAAAUGGUCGGUGAUCUGUUUGUUAACUUGGCUUUCAAAUACUUUCGAAAGGCAGGGCAGGAUGGAUAUAGGUCUGUAACAGUUUGGAUCUAUAGUGUCACCCCCUUUGAAGAGGGGGAUGACCGCGGCAGCUUUCCAAUCUCUGGGGAUCUCAGACGAUACGAAAGAGAGGUUGAACAAGCUAGUAAUAGGGGUUGCGACAAUUUCGGCGGCUAAUUUUAGAAAGAAAGGGUCCAGAUUGUCUAGCCCAGCUGAUUUGUAGGGGUCCAGAUUUUGCAGCUCUUUCAGAACAUCAGCUGUCUGAAUUUGGGUGAAGGAGAAGUGGGGGGUGCAUGGGCAAGUUGCAGCAGAGGGUGCAGAGCUGGUGGCCGGGGUAGGGGUAGCCAAGUGGAAAGCAUGGCCAGCCGUAGCAAAAUGCUUGUUGAAAUUCUCGAUUAUCGUAGAUUUAUCGGUGGUGACUGUGUUUCCUAGCCUCAGUGCAGUGGGCAGCUGGGAGGAGGUGCUUUUAUUCUCCAUGGACUUUACAGUGUCCCAAAACUUUUUGGAGUUAGUGCUACAGGAUGCAAAUUUCUGUUUGAAAAAGCUAGCCUUUGCUUUCCUAACUGAUUGUGUAUAUUGGUUCCUGACUUCCCUGAAAAGUUGCAUAUCGCGGGGGCUGUUCAAUACUAAUGCAGUACGCCACAGGUUGUUUUUGUGCUGGUCAAGGGCAGUCAAGUCUGGGGUGAACCAGGGGCUAGAUCUGUUCUUAGUUCUGAUUUUUUUGAAUGGGGCAUACUUACUUAAGAUGGAGAUGAAAGCACUUUUGAAGAACAACCAGGCAACCUCUACUGACGGAAUGAGGUCAAUAUCCAUCCAGGAUACCCGGGCCAGGUCAAUUAGAAAGGCCUGCUCGCUAAAGUGUUUUAGGGAGCGUUUGACAGUGAUGAGGGGUGGUCGUUUGACCGCGGACCCAUUACGGACGCAGGCAAUGAGGCAGUGAUCGCUGAGAUCCUGGUUGAAGACAGCGGAGGUGUAUUAGGGGGUAAAUUAGUCAGGAUGAUAUUUAUGAGGGUGCUCAUUUAUAUGGAUUUAGGGUUGUACCUGGUAGGUUCCUUGAUAAUUUGUGUGAGAUUGAGGGCAUCUAGUUUAGAUUGUAGGACGGCCGGUGUGUUAAGCAUAUCCCAGUUUAGGUCACCAAGCAGUACGAACUCUGAGGAUAGAUGGGGGGCAAUCAAUUCACAUAUGGUGUCCAGGGCACAGCUGGGGGCUGAGGGGGGUCUGUAGCAAACGGCAACAGUGAGAGACUUAUUUCUGGAAAGGUAGAUUUUUAGAAGUAGAAGCUCAAACUGUUUGGGCACAGACCUGGAUAGUAUGAUAGAGGUCUGCAGGCUAUCUCUACAGUAGAUUGCAACUCCGCCCCCUUUGGGACGGAAAAUGUUGUAGUUGGGGAUGGAAAUUUCUGAAUUUUUGUGGCCUUCCUAAGCCAGGAUUCGGACACUGCGAGAACAUCAGUGUUGGCUGAGUGUGCUAACGCAGUGAAUAACUGCCUCUACAUCACCAGAGGAACAGAGGAGGAAUAGAAUAAGGAUACGGCUAAAGGCUUUUUUAUUUUCUUUAUUUUUGUCAUUUAGCAGACGUUCUUAUCCAGAGCGACUUACAGGAGCAAUUAGGGUUUAGUGCCUUGCUCAAGGGCACAUCGACAGAUUUUUCACCUAGUCGGCUCGGGGAUUAGAACCAGCAUUCGUUUACUGGCACAAUGCUCUUAACCACUAAGCUACCUGCCGAAGAACUGGUCUUCUAGUGCGUUGGGUACAGAGAAUUAAAGGGGCAGAUUUCCGGGCAAUGUAGAAUAGAUUCAGGGCAUUAUGUACAGACAAGGAUAUGAGUACAGUGGAGGUAAACCUAAGCGUAGGGUAACGAUGAAAGAGAUAGCAUCACUGGAGGCACCGAUUAUGAAGCUAGCUACGUUUUAUAGGCUCCUCACUACGAAACUAAGCCAAUUUGCCAACGCUAAAUUUCAAUGUCAUCUAUAUAUAUGUUUUAGCAAGCUAGUGUCAUAAUGUUGUCUGACAUGCAGAAAAUGUAGUCGUGUUGAUUAAAUGUGACACUUUGCGGCCACCGUAGUUUGACAUGUGACCACAGUUUGCAUUGAAUUGUGGGUCAUAUCAACCCCAUAAGUGAUCAAAGUUCUUCACUCGCUCCCUCGAGCUAAAUCGAGGGUCGAGGGGGCAAAGUUUAUGAAUUGGACCUCCACUUAAGAUGGCAAUCAAACUGCAUCCGGUUUUUGACGGGGUUUCCCCCAAGGAAAAGUGGCUAGUGUGAGGGCUGAGGGGGUAAAAAUAACAUGUUUGGACUGCAUCCGCUGUCUCUCUUUGCUCACUGCUCUCUCUCGCUCUCUUUGUCACUCUCACAUGAUUUGCUACCUCUCUCUUGCUCUCUCUCUCUGCUUUUUUUCUCUCUCUCUCUCUCUCUCUCUCUCUCUCUCUCUCCCUCUCUCUCUCUCUCCCGUCUUCUGUUAGUCAGGUCUUCCAGUUGGUCAGUGUGAAUUUCCUGCAUUCUGAUUGAGCAAAAGCCUGUUGAGAGAACCGAAACCUGUACGUGUGUUCUUUUUUCCUGUGUGUGUAUUUUCAUUGCACGCACAUGUGUGUGCUGUCUCCCAGACCUCCCUUGUGACAGUUACUGAAUUCUUGUAAAAUCUCACUCACUCAAUCUAUCUCAGACCAUUAGGCCUAUUUGUUUCCCUUGGGCUGUAGUUGAAGUAUCUGGCUAACCAUAUUAACAUUUCUCCAGACUCAAGUGCCCUGCUUAAGCACUGAUUUAGGAUCAGCUUAGCCAGAUCAAGGCCUAACCUGAACCCUUAAGAGAUUUAGGGCAAAGCUGACCUUAGAUCCACGCUGUAGGACCAUCUGAGGCUUUUCACACUAAGCUGUGGACGGUCGGUCGUAUAGAGAUACCAUUUCGGCAAUAUGAGACUCAUCAAGGGUUCUCGGUAGAGAGCCAUGAAAGUAGCAAUGUGAUACGGUAGCACUAUAGACUGUUGAAAUAUCAUAUGUGGCCAGGGGAGCCCCACUACACAGAAGAACAUGAGAUAGACCCUCUAGUACUGGGAAGCAGACCCUUUCUCCUCCUAGUGUACAGUAUGUGUUUGUACUUUGAGAAAGCCCAAAAUAAAACGAAGGACUUAAUUUGGUGUUCUCCUUUCUCUUCUUCACCUCAGGGAAUAAUGGCACUGGAAGGAGUUUUACGGGCUCCUGACCAAUUGUGCUAUUUUGUGUGUUUUUUUGGCGCUGAUCUUAACCUUUUUUGUACAUAAUGUUUCCGCCAUAAUUUCCUAUGACCGAAAAGAGCUUCUGGACAUCAGAACAGCGAUCACUAACCUCGAUUUGGAUGAAGAUUUCUACUUCAAUGAGUCAGAGGCAAAUUACAUACUGCUCAUCCCGGACCAGGCCCGAAUUCCCAACACUCAAAGGAGGAAUAGGUGCCGUUAUAGAGGCCGGCGAGCGGGAUACCUGACGAGACUACAUAAACCGCCUCUACCCUCUGUUCUAUUGGCGAACAUGCAAUCACUGGAGAAUAAACUGGACGAGCUCCGUUCGAGGCUAUCGUAUCAACUUGAUCUGAAGAACCAUAAUAUCCUUUGUUUCUCAGAGUCGUGGCUGAACAAGGACAAAUCGAGCAGUUUUUUUCUAUACAUCAGCAGGACAGAAUGGCAGAGUUGGGCAAACUCGGGGGAUGGUGUGUGUCUCUCAUUGUUUACAACAGCUGGUGUGCGAUCUCUAAUAUUAAGGAGGUAUCGAGGUUCUGCUCACCUGAGUUAGAAUACCGCAUGAUAAGCUGUAGACCACCCAGAGUGCCACCCACGGCUGCGUGGCCGCGCAUGACUCCAACACCAUCAUUAAGUUUGCUGAUGACACGGCGCUGGUAGGCCUGAUCGUGGACUGCAGAAAACGGAGGGCCGAGCACGCCCCCAUGCACAUCGACAGGGCUGUAGUGGAGUGGGUGGCAAGCGGUACCGGAGCGCCAAGUCUGGGACCAAAAAGCUCCUGAACAGCUUCUACCCCCAAGCCAUAAGACUGCUGAACAGUUAAUCAUUGAUCCCCUUUUUAUUUGCACUGACUCUCAUGCACCAACUCUAUGCACACUCACUGGACUCUACCCACACACUCACAUACUGCACUGACACUCCAACACACACACACACACACACACUACAUACGCUCACACACACAAUUUUGUAUUCUGCAUUGUUGGGAAAGGGCUCGUAAGUAAGCAUUUCACGGUAAGGUCUACACCUGUUGUAUUCGGGUCAUGAGACAGAUACAAUUUUAUUUGAAACCUGAACACAGUGGCGGGAACACAUGGAUUGGUAGAAUAUAUGGAUUGGUUGUUUUACUGUUGGGUCAUGGUGUGUGGGUGUGUGAGAGUGAGAGAGAUGUGACGUAGUAUGCAAUUUCCGGGGACCACUUUUGGCUCGUGAGUGCUACUUUCAGAACUACUGGCUAAAAGGUAUACAAAAGUACCAGAGAAUCUCUUUAAAUCCUCUCUAUAUAUGGCUAUCUAGAGCCUAUUGUUCUCCUGUCCUCUCUACAUUUUACAUUUGUCAUUUAGUAGACGCUCUUAUCCAGAGCGACUUACAGUUAGUGCAUUCAUCUUAAGAUAGCUAGGUGGGACAACCACAUCACAUUCAUAGUAAGUAAAUUUUUCCUCAAUAAAGUAGCUAUCAGCAUAGAGCUAGUAAGGGGAGGGGGGAGUCAAGUGCGAGUGUUAGCAUGGCUGUCUAGAGCAGGGAUUGGCAACUGUUGGUCCGCGGACCAGUUUUUUUGGGGAGGGGGGACUCAAUCAGGGUCUUAACUUACUGUUGAGAGUUAGACAGUGGCGGCUCCUGAAAAAAUUCUCAGGAGGGGCAAUUUUUCUGAUGAUUUAGGUGACCUACACACAUUUUUAAAAAGAUAUGUCCAGCAACAACAUGAAGACAGGGGCAGCAUAUAAGUCAAUACCAGAAGCAUUUAUUGACUGAUCUCAAAAGUGUUGGCUUACAAAAGCAAAAUAAGUUAUCACAGUAAAAAUAAUCAAGGGUGUUCUUUCACAUUCCUCAACACUGCAUAAACAAUAUGUAUGGCUUUGUAAAAAUGAACAACCAUAUUCUGGCCAAUUGUAUAGAUUUGUAAAUAUGAACAACCAUAUUCUGGCCAAUUGUAUAGAUUUGUAAAAAUGAACAUGAACAGAUUUUUUAUUUUUUUGAAUGGCAGUACCUUUCAAACAUGUCUGCUUGCAGUAAGGUAGCACUCACAAGGUGGCCAGAGAAAGAGAACCUUUCUUUGGUGUGAUCCAGGAUGGUGUUGCAGACCUCUUCAGACAGCCUCUGCUUCUCCUCUUCUCUCAAAGCUGUUCUGGGUCUUUUGGCUCCUGUUGCUUCUUGCAGCUGCUGUUGAGAGGAGUCCCUGAAGGCAAACAGACCAAUGUGUUUGUUGGCUUUGUACAGUAUUGUUGUCUAUGUGAUGCACAGGUAUAUGCAAUGUAUCCAUGUACAGUGGGGAAAAAAAGUAUUUAGUCAGCCACCAAUUGUGCAAGUUCUCCCACUUACAAAGAUGAGAGAGGCCUGUAAUUUUCAUCAUAGGUACACGUCAACUAUGACAGACAAAUUGAGAAAAAAAAAUCCAGAAAAUCACAUUGUAGGAUUUUUAAUGAAUUUAUUUGCAAAUUAUGGUGGAAAAUAAGUAUUUGGUCACCUACACACAAGCAAGAUUUCUGGCUCUCACAGACCUGUAACUUCUUCUUUAAGAGGCUCCUCUGUCCUCCACUCGUUACCUGUAUUAAUGGCACCUGUUUGAACUUGUUAUCCGUAUAAAAGACACCUGUCCACAACCUCAAACAGUCACACGCCAAACUCCACUAUGGCCAAGACCAAAGAGCUGUCAAAGGACACCAGAAACAAAACUGUAGACCUGCACCAGGCUGGGAAGACUGAAUCUGCAAUAGGUAAGCAGCUUGGUUUGAAGAAAUCAACUGUGGGAGCAAUUAUUAGGAAAUGGAAGACAUACAAGACCACUGAUAAUCUCCCUCGAUCUGGGGAUCCACGCAAGAGCUCACCCCGUGGGGUCAAAAUGAUCACAAGAACGGUGAGCAAAAAUCCCAGAACCACAUGGGGGGACCUAGUGAAUGACCUGCAGAGAGCUGGGACCAAAGUAACAAAGCCUACCAUCAGUAACACACUACGCCGCCAGGGACUCAAAUCCUGCAGUCCCCCUGCUUAAGCCAGUACAUGUCCAGGCCCGUCUGAAGUUUGCUAGAGUGCCUUUGGAUUAUCCAGAAGAGGAUUGGGAGAAUGUCAUAUGGUCAGAUGAAACCAAAAUAUAACUUUUUGGUAAAAACUCAACUCGUCGUGUUUGGAGGACAAAGAAUGCUGAGUUGCAUCCAAAGAACACCAUACCUACUGUGAAGCAUGGGGGUGGAAACAUCAUGCUUUGGGGCUGUUUUUCUGCAAAGGGACCAGGACGACUGAUCCGUGUAAAGGAAAGAAUGAAUGGGGCCAUGUAUCGUGAGAUUUUGAGUGAAAACCUCCUUCCAUCAGCAAGGGCAUUGAAGAUGAAACGUGGCUGGGUCUUUCAGCAUGACAAUGAUCCCAAACACACCGCCCGGGCAACGAAGGAGUGGCUUCGUAAGAAGCAUUUCAAGGUCCUGGAGUGGCCUAGCCAGUCUCCAGAUCUCAACCCCAUAGAAAAUCUUUGGAGGGAGUUGAAAGUCUGUGUUGCCCAGCGACAGCCCCAAAACAUCACUGCUCUAGAGGAGAUCUGCAUGGAGGAAUGGGCCAAAAUACCAGCAACAGUGUGUGAAAACCUUGUGAAGACUUACAGAAAACGUUUGACCUGUGUCAUUGCCAACAAAGGGUAUAUAACAAAGUAUUGAGAAACUUUUGUUAUUGACCAAAUACUUAUUUUCCACCAUAAUUUGCAAAUAAAUUCAUUAAAAAUCCUACAAUGUGAUUUUCUGGAUAUUUUUUCCUCAUUUUGUCUGUCAUAGUUGACAUGUACCUAUGAUGAAAAUUACAGGCCUCUCUCAUCUUUUUAAGUGGGAGAACUUGCACAAUUGGUGGCUGACUAAAUACUUUUUUUCCCCACUGUAUAGUACAAAUACUUCAGUUCCACUUAAAAUGGGCAGGGAUGCAUAAAGUCUUUAGUGUUUAAGUUAGCCUUUGUGUCUCACAUAGCCUGGAUGUUCAGCACAGUAUACAGUGGUGCUCAUAAGCUUAUGAUCCCAUGCUAAAGUUGACUAAAAAGAGGAAUAAAAAAGAAAAGAAAAUUGGUGUCCUUAAAGGUUGGAUUUUCCAACUUUUUUAAUUAAGUCAUUAAGAUCAAUUUCCAAAAGAUUAUUUUUUUAUUCCUCUUUUUAGUCAGCUUUAGAAUGUGUUCAUACACUUAUGAGCACCACUGUACAGUACACAUAGUAUAUAAAAUAAGAUAGAUUACACCACUGGCCAUAUAUAAUGAGAAUAAUGUAAUUUCAAACACAAAUGCAGUCUCCUUUCAUGCAUACAUUUUCAAAUAAAGCUCUGCUUUGAGAAAGAUCGAAUGAUAUUGUUUAAUCUUUAUCUUACCUUAUGGCCUGCACACUGCUUGCGAAGCUGUCGAGGGCACGUUUGAUAAAGACAGCAUCGAUGUCCUUCUUCUGUAGCUUCUGGUACGGUGGGCUGGUCAAAUGAACCCAAUGAACCCGUCCGGAUGGCUUCAAAACAUUCUAUGAGGUCGUCUCGAUUCUCGUAGACAGUGUUCACGACUCUGCUGUUGCUAACCUCAUCGUUGUGGCGGCGGACAGCUAGCCUGUAUCCCUCAUCCAGUUGAGUGGCAAUAUUCACUCUCACCAAAGCAGACAAUCUCAAACAGCUAUCAAUGUGGGUCUUUGACAGCUCAUUUUUCUUAAUCUUUUCUGAAAGAUGGUGCAUGUCGGUUACACCAGUCGCUGUCCAAGCGUUGCUGUCUGCCGUUCAUGGUUACGUUACGUUACGUAUGACGAAAGCGCGUAAGUGCAAGCCCUCAGACACCCAUAGAGAAUGUAUUGAAAGCUCAGGAAUUUGAAAAAAAAAUAUUUUACAUUAGAGGCUAUGAGAGACUUCUGGGCGAUUUUCAACCUGACUGAAAUCGCCCCAAAACGGGCGGGGACAUUUGAAGCACGACUUUAGCCUGAUUGGACAUUUAGUGGCUGGCAGAUCAAACGUGAACACUGAACUACUGUUGCCGUGAUAUAAUUGAUUAGAAAAAAAAUCCCUUCCUUUUCCCGUUUGGCAGUGCGUCGCCCAUAUCGCCCUAUUGAACACACCGCCCAUGGAGUUAGAAUAAUAGAAUACACAAGGUGCAAGUUCGAAAUUUGGUUGUGCAUCAGCAGUCACUUAAUUAGCCUAUGUCAGCAAAAACAUAAUCGAUUGGUAAGUUAGUCUAGCGGCCAGCUAUCUAAACUUGUAGUAAGCAUGGUUGAAUUACCGACGGGUGGGGCCCAUUUGAUCAUCAGUUAUCAUAUUAAAAACUGCAAACAUUUGCCUCCACCCUAUGGCAGAAUGUGUAGAAUUACAGGAAAUUAACUUUAAAACGUAUUUUUGUGUCACAAUUGGGGCCGCUAAAAUGUUUUGCUCGCUGCUGCAACACAGGGAGCAUAUUGACUGGCUGCAUCACCUCUUGGACUCUACCCACACAUACUACACUGACACUUUCACACGUCACAUACGCUGCUGCUACUCUGUUUAUUAGCUAUCCUGAUUGCCUAGUCACUGUAAAACUCCUAAUGGGGGGAGGGGGGGGUAUGGAUGUGGGCACGCAGACCCACGAGCCACUGCGGCCCCUCAUGAUGCGUUCCGUUUUUUUGUGGCCCCCACCCACAUCAAAGAUGUCCAUCGCUGGUCUAGAGCCUAUUGGUCUCCUGUUCACUCUAGCAUGGCCAUUUUAGAUCCAAUUUGUCUUCUGUCCUCUCUAGAGUUAACUGGUCUGAACCCAGGCCAACCAGACAUGAUUUAUGGUGGCCAUUUUGAGGGCCUCUCAGUGAUGUCCGUAUCUCAUAAGUCCUGGCUGUCAGUGUGGUUUUCUGAGGCCUGCUGCGUUAUCAGCAGGAAAAGACUUCCUCCCUGACAUUUUUCUUCAUUUUCCAUAUGUGUGUGCAUUGUGCAGCGUUGAAUGGGUGUAGGUGUAUAUGUGGUGGUGAUGGUGUGUGUUUGUGAGGAGGUAUAGUGGCAUAGGUAAGCAUUGGGAUGUGUUGUGGAAAGGAAAUGAGAAUGUUUAACUCUUUCAUCUCGCUGGCUCUCUCCUGCCUGACUGAAGAUGAUCAAAUCAAAUUUUAUUGGUCACAUACAUAUAUUUAGCAGAUGUUAUUGCGAGUGUAGCGAAAUGCUUGUGUGUAGCGAAAUGGUUGUAUGUGGUGUGUGUGUGUGUGUGGGCCCUAAAGGGGUGUGUGUGUGUGUGUGUGUGUGUGACCAGUGAGUGACCUCUCAGCCAGAGAAUGCCAUGUUUCAUGUUUUUAGAAAAUAGAAGACUGGUGCUAUCUAGUGGAGAAUAGGAAGUGUGUGUGUGUGUGUGUGUGUGCAGGGCUGUGUGGGGGCCGUGUGUGUGUGUGAAGGCUGAGCUCUAUUGCAUUAGGAGAUCGACACACUAGAGAUCAGCAGUUUGACCUUUUCCCCAGAGAGAGAAAGGAGAGACAUCUUCAGGGACUGCUCUUUCUCUUCCUCCCCCUCUUGCUGUUAUAGUCUGACUAGUAGCUAGCUGGUACAUUUACAUUUACAUUUACGUCAUUUAGCAGACGCUCUUAUCCAGAGCGACUUACAAAUAGGUGCAUUCACCUUAUAGCCAGUGGGAUCACCACUUUACAAUGUUUUUUUUGUUUUUUUGUUUUUGGGUUGGGGUUUGGGUUGGGGUAAGGGGGGGUAGAAGGAUUACUUUAUCCUAUCCCAGGUAUUCCUUAAAGAGGUGGGGUUUCAAAUGUCUCCGGAAGGUGGUGAGUGACUCCGCUGUCCUGGCGUUGUGAGGGAGCUUGUUCCACCAUUGGGGUGCCAGAGCAGCGAACAGUUUUGACUGGGCUGAGCGGGAACUAUGCUUCCGCAGAGGUAGGGGAGCCAGCAGGCCAGAGGUGGAUGAACGCAAUGCCCUCGUUUGGGUGUAGGGACUGAUCAGAGCCUGAAGGUACGGAGGUGCCGUUCCCCUCACAGCUCCGUAGGCAAGCACCAUGGUAUUGUAGCAGAUGCUAGCAAUGGGUCUUCUUCACAUAUAAGGUUACUACAAGCAUAACUCCGUUGAUCUACGUGCGUGUGUGCACGUGGGUGAAGUGGGAUUGUUGGAGGAAAUAGAUACAGUUACAUAUCGGGAUGUUAUUUUUGAUGAUUUUUGAAAUGUCAUUUCGCAAUAUCAUUUUUGCACUAGUUGGCUGUACCUGCACCAAAACUCCAGUGUUUUUCCAUCAUAGCUAACUCCAUCUUUUAAAAUAUUUGUUUUCAGCUCUUUUAUUUCCAUGAUGACUGAUCAAAACAUAGAAUCGCAAUACAUAUUCAUAGAUUGCAUGUUUCGUCACAAUAUUGCUUUGGACUGAUGCCCAACUGAGAAUUCUACUCAAUGCGUCGUCAAUGAGCGCAUCAGUGGCUUGGAAAUGCAAUGCCAUUCAAAAACAGGCAAAUAAUUAGAAGGAAAACCUUUUGUCAUCAGAUUGACUUUAGAUGCAGUAUGACCAAAGAUUUGUAUAACUAAGAUAGACCACAGCCUGUCGUUUCAAUUGGAACAAGUUAGUCAGUGGGCAGAGCCAAGCACGAGCUAACGAGAUCCUAUUGGUGCGUUCUAGCAUACAUUUUCAUAUUUCCGUUAGGGAACGCCUACUCUGUGAAGUGCGCGUGUGCAAUGACUCAAUUCGCCUUUGCACUCCUUCUAAACAACACAAGUUUUUACAACUUUGACAAAGGGUAAAGUCUACAAACCUUUGUCCACUCUGUUCUAAACAGAUUUUAUUUUUGGAAACAGAAAACGGUAUUUAGAUCAAAUGUUUCAUUAUUGAGAAAUUUGCAGAAUGUCGGCCAAAAUCCAUCUCGUUCCAUCUUCUCCCACUGCCGGCCACUGGGCUUUCUCUCACUACCAUAUUUGGUAGUGUGGAAACGUCAAGCGGAUGCUUCACAUUUAUACGUCCAGUGAAAUAUCUGUCUCAUUGUUCUAUCUGUGGUAUAACAUUAGCUAGUUAGCUAAGAUUGAGGGGAGGACACAGAAUUUUAGCUAGCUAAAGUUAGCAUUGCUAGCUAAUGACAACAUUGCCAUCUGUCUAAAAUAAAUUAGCCAUGAUAAUUCUGGCAAAGUUGUUUCCUACUAAACAUUUGACUGCUUUAGCAAUGUCAUCGUAUUUCCAGGCAGGCUAAACAGUCGUUAGCCUUCAUCAAUAAUGACUGGGCUUAUCACGACUUUAGGGCACCACUAUUGCGUCGCCGGUAGAGCGCAGCUUGGAGAACAUUCAUAACAAUGGCAUGACGCGACUGAGUGACGGAGGUGCAACCUAUAAAUAGAAACGUGAUAAUCUCAAUACAUAUCGUAUCUGCAUCUAAGUAUUGUGAUAAUAUAGUAUCGUGAGGUCCCGGGCAAUUCCCAGCCCUAGUAAUCGGUAGUUGUUACUUCUAAACAAAAUACAUUUUUAGGUGGAUUCUUGAUGUUUGGUUUACUGUUUGAACAGUCACUGAGAUUAUAUUUGGUUAUCAAUGCAAAAUAGGCUACUUGGAUGAAUAGCCCUAUAUAGCCUAUAGGUCAGAUCAAGGAACCAAGCGACAACACUGCCCCCACGGCUGCAGAAGGAAUGAUACCGCGUGUCUCAAUUUCCAGGUAGUAAAAAAGUACAUUGAAUUCUGGAGCAUAUUACAAGGAGCCGCCCCUUUUGUGAUGAAAAACGACAUUGCAACACUCCGAAUCUUGCGUCUGCGAAGAGCUUGAGUAAGCAAUAGGCUAGUGAGCCACACACUAACAGAGAUGUUAUGACAAGAACAUUAAUGCCAUUGUGCUGUUCAAAUAUUUAGAACGUGAGUUUCUGUCAAGUACUUUUGUGUAAAACUGUUAGGCUACGUGAAUACAAUUUGAUUCAUUGAGUACUUGAUUGAUUGUCUAAUGGUUUGUCUUUUUUCUCCUCGCAGGGUUCCACCUCAGCGGAACGGUAACAGAACCGGCCACAGCGUCGGAACCCGAGCUUGUCUGCAGUGUCAGCGUCAGCUUCGACCGCUGCAAGAUCACCGCGGUAACGUGCGGCUGCGGCAACAAGGACAUCUUCUACUGUGCCCAUGUUGUAGCGCUGGCCUUGUACCGUGUACGGAAGCCCGAGCAGGUCAAACUACACCUGCCCAUCUCAGAGACGCUGUUCCAGAUGAAUAGAGACCAGCUGCAGAAGUUUGUCCAGUACCUGAUAACAGUACACCACACGGAGGUGCUGCCCACUGCUCAGAAACUAGCUGAUGAGAUUCUGUCUACCAACUCUGAGAUCAACCAGGUCCACGGUGAGUGGGGUGGGUGAUGUGUAGAAGAGAGAAAUGUGUGAUGAAGAAAAGGUGUGUGUGUGAGUGUGUGUGCCAGGAAAUGAUUUCCCCCUGUCUGGCUCCAGUAAAGCAGAACACUGGAGAGGGAAACACUUUGAUCAAGCCACGUCCAUAUGAGCGCUCAACAGUAAUGUAGGACGUGGGGAAGUGUGUGUGAUGAUACUUUAGACCCACUUUACUUAAGCCGGUAUCAUUUUGUUCAUCUUGUUCAGUUUUUGUUUGAGACAUAGAGCCCAGUGCUUUCACUGAAUGAUUUUCCAUUUCUCAACCUAAAUGAUGAGCACUGUGUGUGUGUCUCAACUAACCUGUGUGUGUGUGUGUGUGUGUGUGUGUGUGUGUGUGUGUGUGUGUAGGAGCCCCGGACCCCACGGCAGGGGCCAGUGUAGAUGAUGAGAACUGCUGGCACCUGGAUGAGGAGCAGGUCCAGGAGCAGGUGAAACUCUUCCUCUCUCAGGGAGGAUACCACGGCUCUGGGAAACAACUCAACCUUCUCUUCAGCAAGGUAACACACACGCACACCAGGAUUGGGGUGAAUUCGAAUUGAAGUCAGUCAAUUCAGGAAGUAAAGUAAACUGACAUUCCAAUUCAAUAAUUGAAAAAAUGGAUUUUUUCCAAUGACUUCUCAAUAAAUGGAAAAUUAUGUAUUUCAAAACGUGUUCCAUUUUAAAAAUGUGUAUUAUUCAAAUCACUUCCUGAAUUGACUGCCUUCAAUUUGAAUUGACCCCAGCCCUGACACUCACGUACGUACGUACACACACACACACACACACACACACACACAUGCAUGCAUACACCUUUGAUGACCUCUCUCUCCCUCUCUCCCCCUCUCUCUUUCUCCUCUAGGUGAGAGAGAUGUUGAAGAUGCGUGACUCCAACGGUGCCAGGAUGUUAACGCUGAUCACAGAACAGUUUAUGGGCGACCCUCGCCUGGCACUGUGGAGACAACAGGGAACCACCAUGACUGACAAAUACAGACAGCUGUGGGAUGAGCUAGGUAAGAGACAACACACACAAAGUCACACAAACGUGAGCACGAGGACAGACGUCACUUGGAUGGACUAGCCGUUCAAGAGAGAGGGAACAUGCACACAUAUAAUGGUCACACAAGUGUUGUUGUGAGCACAUGAUGACUGUUUGAUUUGUGUGUUGGUCAGCUGUGUUAAACCUGUAUCUCCCUAUACUUUCUGAUAUGACGGCUGCUUGUAUGCUGGUGUGUGUGUCAGGAGUGUAUUGCCAGUCUGUUAUGUUUUGGGCAUUAUCUGUAGGGUGUGAGCUGGGUGUUUUGUGAAAUAUAUGCUUUUUACAGCCUAAAAUGGAUUCGGAGAUUGUGAGCUGGGUAUUUUCUCUCUCUCUCUCAGAACAGAUGAGAUGUGGGCUGAAGGCUCAGAGUAGGCCCAUCAAAGGAAAUUAAGGGUGAUGGGGUGAAAUGUGAGGGAGUGUGUGUGUGUCAGGAGCUAAAUAUUGAUGAGCCCAAUAUUGUUUUAAUGAAUGUGUGUGUUUGAUCCUUUGUAGUCUGAGACACUGGUUCUCAUCUGGCUUAGGUUGGAGAGGAGAGGGAGAAAUAUAGGCCAAGCUUUCUCACUGCUGACGCGCGUGUGUGUGUGUGCGCGUGUGUGUGCGUGCGCGUGUGUGCGUGUGUAAGCUCACAGGGCCCUACACACACACACUCACUCCAUCAUCUGCUCACUUGCACAUAAUAUGCACUUACAGUGCAGUCGGAAGGUAUUCAGACCCCUUUACUUUUUCCACAUUUUGUUACGUUACAGCCUUAUUCUGAAAUGGAUUAAAUAGUUUUUUCCCCACAUCAAUCUACACGCAAUACCCCAUAAUGACAAAGCAAAAACAGGUUUUUAGAACUUUUUGCAAAUUUAUUAAAACUCAAAAAUACAUUUGCAUAAGUAUUCAGACCCUUUACUCAGUACUUUGUUGAAGCACCUUUGGCAGCGAUUACAGCCUCAAGUCUUAUUCGAUAUGACGCUACAAGCUUGGCACAUGUGUAUUUGGUGAGUUUCUCCCAUUCUUCUCUGCAGAUCCUCUCAAGCUCUGUCAGGUUGGAUGGGGAGCGUUGCUGCACAGCUAUUUUCAGGUCUCUCCAGAGAUGUUCAAUCGGGUUCAAGCCCGGGCUCUGGAUGGGCCACUCAAGGACAUUUAGAGACUUGUCCCUAAGACAACCUGCGUUGUCUUGGCUGUGUGCUUAGGGUUGUUGUCCUGUUGGAAGGUGAACCUUUGCCCCAAUCUGAGGUCCUGAGCGCUCUGGAACAGGUUUUUUAUUGAACCUUUAUUUAACCAGGUAAGCCAGUUGAGAACAAGUUCUCAUUUACAACUGCGACCUGGCCAAGAUAAAGCAAAGCAGUGCGAUAAAAACAACAACACAGAGUUACAUAUGGGGUAAACAAAACAGAAAGUCAAAAAUACAACAGAAAAUAUAUAUACAGUGUGUGCGAAUGUAGUAAGUUAUGGAGGUAAGGCAAUAAAUAGGCCAUAGUGCAAAAUAGUUACAAUUUUGUAUUAACACUGGAAUGAUAGAUGUGCAAAUAGAGAUACUGGGGUGCAAAUUAGCAAAAUAAAAAACAAUAUGGGGAUGAGGUAGUUGGGUGGGCUAAUUUCAGAAUGGCUGUGUACAGGUGCAGUGAUUGGUAAGCUGCUCUGACAACUAAUGCUUAAAGUUAGUGAGGGAGAUAAGUCUCCAGAUUCAGAGAUUUUUGCAGUUCGAACCAGUCAUUGGCAGCAGAGAACUGGAAGGAAUGGCGGCCAAAGGAGGUGAUGGCUUUGGGGAUGACCAGUGAGAUAUACCUGCUGGAGCGCAGACUACGGGUGGGUGUUGCUAUGGUGACCAGUGAGCUAAGAUAAGACGGGGAUUUGCCUAGCAGUGAUUUAUAGAUGACCUGGAGCCAGUGGGUUUGGCGACGAAUAUGUAGUGAGGGCCAGCCAACAAGAGCGUACAGGUCACAAUGGUGGGUAGUAUAUGGGGCUUUGGUGGCAAAACGGAUGGCACUGUGAUAGAGUACAUCCAAUUUGCUGAGUAGAGUGUUGGAGGCUAUUUUGUAAAUGACAUCGCCAAAGUCAAGGAUCGGUAGGAUAGUCAGUUUUACGAGGGCAUGUUUGGCAGCAUGAGUGAAGGAGGCUUUGUUGCGAAAUAGGAAGCCGAUUCUAGAUCUAACUUUUGAUUGGAGAUGCUUAAUGUGAGUCUGGAAGGAGAGUUUACAGUCUAACCAGACACCUAGGUAUAUUCUAAGUCAGACCUGCCGAGAGUAGUGAUUCUAGUCGGGCGGGCGGGUGCAAGCAGCGUUCGAUUGAAGAGCAUGCAUUUAGUUUUACUAGUGUUUAAGAGCAGUUGGAGGCUACGGAAGGAGUGUUGUAUGGCGUUGAAGCUCGUUUGGAGGUUUGUUAACACAGUGUCCAAUGAAGGGCCAGAUGUAUACAAAAUGGUGUCGUCUACGUAGAGGUGGAUCCGAGCGUCACCAGCAGCAAGAGCGACAUCAUUGAUAUACACAGAGAAUAGAGUCAGCCCGAGAAUUGAACCCUGUGGCACCCCCAUAGAGACUGCCAGAGGUCCAGACAACAGGCCCUCCGAUUUGACACAUUGAACUCUAUCUGAGAAGUAGUUGGUGAACCAGGCGAGGCAGUCAUUUGAGAAACCAAGGCUAUUUAGUCUGCCAAUAAGAAUGCGGUGGUUGACAGAGUCGAAAGCCUUGGCCAGGUCGAUGAAGACGGCUGCGCAGUACUGUCUUUUAUCGAUCGCGGUUAUAAUAUCGUUUAGGACCUUGAGCGUGGCUGAGGUGCACCCAUGACCAGCUCGGAAACCGGAUUGCAUAGCGGAGAAGGUACGGUGGAAUUCGAAAUGGUCGGUGAUCUGUUUGUUAACUUGGCUUUCAAAUACUUUCGAAAGGCAGGGCAGGAUGGACAUAUGUCUGUAACAGUUUGGAUCUAGAGUGUCACCCCCUUUUGAAGAGGGGGAUAACCGCGGCAGCUUUCCAAUCUCUGGGGAUCUCAGAUGUUACGAAAAAGGUUUUCAUCAAGGAUCUCUCUGUACUUUGCUCCGUUCAUCUUUCCCUCGAUCCUGACUAGUCUCCCAGUCCCUGCAGCUGAAAAACAUCCCCAUAGCAUGAUGCUGCCACCACCAUGCUUCACUGAAGGUUUCCUUCAGACGUGACGCUUGGCAUUCAGGCCAAAGAGUUCAAUCUUGGUUUCAUCAGACCAGAGAAUCUUGUUUCUUAUGGUCUGAUAGUCCUUUAGGUGCCAUUUGGCAAACUCCCAAGCGGGCUGUCAUGUGUCUUUUACUGAGGAGUGUCACUAUACCAUAAUGUUCUGAUUGGUGGAGUACUGCAGAGAUGGUUGUCCUUCUGGAAAAUUCUCUCAUCUCCACAGAGGAUCUCUGGAGCUCUGUCAGAGUGACCAUCGGGUUCUUGGUCACCUCCCUGACCAAGGCCCUUUUCCCCUGCUCAGUUUGGUCGGGCGGCCAGCUCUAGGAAGAGUCUUGGUGGUUCCACACUUCUUCCAUUUAAGAAUGAUGGAGGCCACUGUGUUCUUUGGGACAUUCAACGCUGCAGAAAUGUUUUGGUACCCUUCCCCAGAGCUGUGCCUCGACACAGUCCUGUCUCAGAGCUCUACGGACAAUUCCUUCGACCUCAUGGCUUGGUUUUUGCUCUGACAUGCACUGUCAACUGUGGGACCUUAUAUAGACAGGUGUGUGCCUUUCCAAAUCAUGUCCAAUCAAUUGAAUUUACCACAGGUGGACUCCAAUCAAGUUGUAGAAACAUCUCAAGGAUGAUCAAUGGAAACAGGAUGCACCUGAGUAAAAUUUCGAGUCUCAUAGCUAAGGGUCUGAAUAUUUAUGUAAAUAAGGUAUUUCUGUUUUUAACGUUUUAUACAUUUCAAAAAUGUCAUAAUGGGGUAUUGUGUGUAGAUUGAUGAGGGAACAUUUUUAAUUUAAUCAAUUUUAGAAUAAGGCUGUAACGUAACAAAAUGUGGAAAAGGUCAAGGGGUCUGAAUACUUUCCGAAUGCACUGUACAUUUAUACUGACACUACACACCCGCACACCCACUCACAUACAAGCUGUUGCUACUCUGUUUAUCUUAUAUCCUGAUGCCUAGUCUCCUUACCCCUAUACAUAUCUACCUCCAUCACUCCAGUAUCCCUGGACAUUGUAAAUAUGGUAUUGGAACUGACCCUGUAUAUAGUAUGCUUACUUACUUACUUAUUGUGUUUUUCAUAUUUCUUCUCAUUUCUCGUCUGUUUUUUCUAGUAUUACGUUGUUAUUGAUUAUUGCAUUGUUGGGUUUUGAGUUUGCAGACAUUAAAACUUAACUUAGCCAGCUAGGAAAUGGAUACCACUGCUGGUUGUUUAUUUGUGUUGAAUGUGUUUGUUCUGUAUUCCCUCUCUCCUUUCCUCCUUUCCUCUGCUUAUCUUUAUCCUGUCAUAAUUAACCACCGCUGUGUGUGUGUGUGUGUGUGUGUGUGUGUGUGCUGGUGUGACUGUGAACACUGAACAGUACACUGUCCAUAUUCAGGAUAAGCAGGAAAGCGAAACAGCAGCUUUAGGGAUUAUUCCAUGUUAUUGUGUAAUUGGGGGAGACUCUAGACCCUAGCCUAGUAACCACAUCCCAUAGAACUUAACUCUAGCCUAGCAACAACAUCCAAUAGUAACCUACCCUAGCAACAAAAUCCCAUAACCACAACCCUGUUGUCAUGGUAGUUGAUUGUUGGAACUAUAUUAUAUAUCCCUCCAUUCUCUUUGUCUGUUUUGGUGGUUGUUUCUCUCUCUUUCUGUUUUAAGGGAAGUUCAUCUCUUAUUUCUGUAUUAUUUGAAUGCAUUUUCAUGUUUUGAAUGUUUUAGACAUUUCCCCUGCUUGCUGGAUGCACAUCUUCCCUUUGUCUUCUCUCCUUUCUAUAAUCUCCCCUCCUUGUCGUUUUCUCUUAUUUAUUAAUUAUUUCUUUUAAUUUUCUUUACUCCCUCCUUUCUCUUCCUAGCUCAUCCUGUCUGUUGCUCCCUUCUCCUCUCCCUUACCUCUCUUCUCUCGUCCCUCUGUUGUCCUUGAGGCCGUCCAAACAAAGACAGAGGAUAAAGCGACUCCUAUCCCCUCCCCCAUCCUCCUUCCCUCCUCCCCAUCUCAUCCCCCUCUCCUCCUCCUCCUGUUCUCUCGCUUCACCUCUCUCUGCCUCCUCCUGUCUCAUUCUGUAAUCUGUCCCCCUUUUCUUUUCCUUGUUCAUUUUCCAUCAUUUUUCUCUCUUUACCCCUGUUUUUCGCUGCAUAUUUCCUUUUAAUGCCUUCCAUCCCCCACUCUCCAUCUCUCUCUCCUUCCCUCACUCCCUUCAUCCAUACCCCAUCUCUCUUUCAGCUCAGGCUUCAGGUAAUCACAGUGUGUCACUAGAGUAUCUGCGUGAGUGUGUGUGCGGCAGGCAUGUGUUUAUUGAAUAGAUAACCGUCACAGAGACUGUUGAUGCUUCGGAACCUUUUAACGGCAUCUAUUUUUCCUUUUCUACAGAAUCAAAUUAUGUGAUUAAAGGAUGAAUAACAAUAACAGAAACAUCAUGUGUGUGUGUGUGUGUGUGUGUGUGUGUGUGUGUGUGUGUAGGUGCCCUGUGGAUGUGUAUUGUGCUCAACCCCCACUGUAAGUCGGAGCAGAAGUGUGUGUGGCUGAGACAGCUGAGACGGUGGAACAGUGUCGACGUGUGUCCCUGGGAGGAUGGAAACCACGGCAACGAACUGCCCAAUCUCACACACGCACUGCCGCACGGCAACCCAGGUGAGAAAACACAAAGACACACACACAGCUGACCAACACAGUGCCUCAGGGCGCCCACGCCAAACCAAGUUUGAGCGAGAAAAGCCACUUUUAAUCAACGAUUUCUCUAUUUUCUCUAUUUUCUCUCUGUCGAUCUCUCUUUUUCUGUUCCUCGAUCUUUCUACAUGCCUCUCUUUUAAUCAACUUUCUCCCUCUCCAUGUCUCUGCCCUGCGAGCUGUUCUUAUUAGUUUCUGUCUGACUGAUGGAAUAAGCUCAAUAACCCAGGCGGGAUCCUCCAGCUAUGGCUGCCCUCUGCUCCCCCUGUCCGUGCCUGAGCUAAAUUAGAGAAAAUACCUUUAAAAAAGUAUAUCAGGCCUCUGAAUAGGAACAGUGCUGUGAAUUAGCAUUUCAUCCAGGAAGCUUUAGGUGGCCGAUCAACAAAAUGUUUUCUGCUGAAAAUUGUCCUCUUCUUUCUCUCCUUUGUUUUUGUUUUUCAUCCUUUUCUUUCCACCCUCACCACCUCCCCUCCGUAAUCCCUCUUUCUCCCUCUCUCCCAGACUCGUCGUCUCGUCCUCACAGGACAGUGUUUACGAGGGCCAUCGAGGCCUGUGACCUGCACUGGCAGGACACACACCUGCAGCGCAUCAUCACACAUGACCUCUACACACACACACACACACACUGUCACCACGACAACCAUGGCAGUGCAGGGGCACUGUUCGACGCCCGUGGCUGGCCCCUUUGGCACGGUGAGUGUGUGUGUUUGUGUUGGCAAUGACGAAUACAAAGGAGGGAUAGAUUUUUAAGACACGUUUUUAGAAUAAAUUAAUAUUUAGUUGAAGUAGCGUUGGAAGUAACAGCCUCCCACCCCCCUUCCCUCUUGCAGAGCACGUCCCUACAGCGUGUGCGAGGGUGGAUGCGCUGCGGUCACAUGGUUAUCCCAGGGAAGCCUUACUAUUGGCCAUCGCUAUCGUCAACACUCUCAUACGGCAGCAACAGAAACAUCUUGAGCUCUUCCGCAGCCACAAAAAAGGUCAGUUAGGAACAAAUUCUAUGUCUUAACUGUGUGUAAAUGCGGAGUAAUAACAGUGUGCGGUCUGUGUCCUCUCCAGAGCUGCUCCAUAAAGGCAUGACAUCUGUCACCAACAUGGAGGGCUGGGUGGGACACCCCCUGGACCCUAUAGGCACUCUGUUCAGCACCCUACUGGACACGGGUCGGGGAGACGAGGAGGGGCGCAACGCCUUUCUAGACUUCUCAGGUAUAUGCACGCACACUCACCCUCUCUCUCUCGCUCUCUCUCUCGCUCUCCCUUUUCUGCAUAUUUAAUGCAUUUUCAAUGGAUCGUUUUUUUCUGCCCCAUCUUUUAUUCAUGAGCUGUGAUUGGAGGAUGGCUGAGGAACAAUUAGUGAUGUCAUCAGUGAUGAUUGGGUGUGAUUGGUUCUGUCAGAUGGAUACUAACAUUCCAUGGCCUUGGAAACUGCUCGUCUAGACCAGACAGACUGUGUGUGUGUGUGUGGCAGUGUUAAUCCUCCUGGGGUCUUGUCUGUGGGCCCAUAGAGACAUCAUUAAACUGUUAGAAUACAUGAUUACCUCUCCCUAGAGAACACACAGAGAGACAGUAGAGAGACAACAUGCUAAUAGAUCAAUACAUACAUCAAUAAAGAAAAUAGCACAUCCAUACAUUGAUUGUGAAGCCCUAACAUGCACUACAUGACCUAAAGUAUGUGGACACCUGCUCGUCGAACAUCUCAUUCCAAAAUCAUGGGCAUUAAUAUGGAGUUGGUCCCCCCUUUGCUGCUACAACAGCCUCCACUCUUCUGGGAAGGCUUUCCACUAGAUGUUGGAACAUUGCUGCGGGGACUUGCUUCCAUUCAGCCACAAGAGCAUUAGUGAGGUCGGGCACUGAUGUUGGGCGAUUAGGCCAGGCUCGCAGUCGGCGCUCCAAUUAAUCCCAAAGGUGUUCAAUGGGGUUGAGGUCAGGGCUCUGUGCAGGCCAGUCAAGUUCUUCCACACCGAUCUCGACAAUCCAUUUCUGUAUGGACCUCGCUUUGUGCACAGGGGCAUUGUCAUGCUGAAACAGGAAAGGGCCUUCCCCAAACUGUUGCCACAAAGUUGGAAGCACAGAAUCGUCUAGAAUGUCAUUGUAUGCUGUAGCGUUAAGAUUUCCCUUCACUGGAACUAAGGGGCCUAACCGAACCAUGAAAAACAGCCCCAGACCAUUAUUCCUCCUCCACCAAACUUUACAGUUGGCACUAUGCAUUUGGGCAGGUAGAGUUCUCCUGGCAUCCGCCAAACCCAGAUUAGUCCGUCGGACUGCCAGAUGGUGAAGCGUGAUUCAUCAUUCCAGAGAACGCGUUUCCACUGCUCCAAAGUCCAAUUGCGGCGAGCUUUACACCACUCCAGCCGAUGCUUGGCAUUGCACAUGGUGAUCUUAGGCUUGGAAAACCAUUUCAUGAAGCUCCCGACGUACAGUUCUUGUGCUGACGUUUCCAGAGGCAGUUUGGAAACUCGGUAGUGAGUGUUGCAACCGAGGACAGAUGAUUUUUACGCACUACGCGCUUCAGCACUCGAUGGUCCCGUUCUGUGAGCUUGUGUGGCCUACCACUUCGCGGCUGAGCCGUUGUUGCUCCUAGACGUUUCCACUUCACAAUAACAGCACUUACAGUUGACUGGGGAAGCUCUAGCAGGGCAGACAUUUUACGAACUGACAUGUUGGAAAGGUGGCAUCCUAUGACGGUGCCACAUUGAAGGUCACUGAGCUCUUCAGUAAGGCCAUUCUACUGCCAAUGUUUGUCUAUGGAGAUUGCAUGGCGGUGUGCUCGAUUUAAUACAGCAUGGGUAUGGCUGAAAUAAGCAAAUCCACUAAUUUGAAGGGAUGUCCACAUACUUUUGUAUAUAUAGUCUAUUUUGAAGGCCUUGGUUGAAAUAGCAGUAAUUUUGGUCCAGACUGUUUGAGUCAGGUGGGUUAGUGCUGGGGUGGAACUAACGCCUGGACACCCAGUAGCUCUGCAUGACCGAAUUGAAUGUUGUAGUUUCCUGGGGCAGCACAGAGCUAUUGUCAUGAUAAUGGAGGUUGAGUGACUUUAUUGGUUCUGAUACAGAAUGUUCCACAGCCUUGCUGUUUCACUCUCUAUUAGAUUUGGUGACAACAUUUCAAAGACAUGCUGUUUUUUAAAAUAUCCCUCCCUCUCUCUUAUUUUCUUCCUCUCUCUGUCUCUCUCUCUUUCCCUCUCUCUCUCCAGGCUCUGUGAGUUCAGCCAAAAGGUUGGAGCCCCACCUCUUCCCAGCGCAACGCUUACUGGACGAUGGCCAAUCGUUCGUAGCACUGGCCGUAGAGACGGCUCUGAUUGGCUUAGGGCAACAGAGGAUGAUGCCCGAUGGCCUAUACGCCCAGGAGAAGGUGUGUCGCAACGAAGAGCAGCUAUUGGCCAAGCUCCAGGAAGUGGAACUGGACGAUGCACUUGUCAAGAUAUUCCGCAAGCAAGCAAUCUUCCUGCUAGAGGGUGAGGGGUAGAUGCACACAAACACACACACACACAGUCUUGUUUAACUAACUUUGUGGGGACACACAAUUGAUACCCAUUCAAAGUCCUAUUUUCCCUAAACCCUAACGCUUACGCUAACCUUAACCUUAAUCCCAAAACCUAACCCUAACUCCUAACCCUAAACCUAACCUUGAGCCCCCUAACCCUAAUUCUAACUCUAACACUAAUUCUAACCUUAACCCUAAACCCCCUAGAAAUAGCCUUUUUCCCUGUUGGUCUAAUUUACUAGUUUACUAUUCUUGUGGGGACUUCUGGUCCAAGUAUAAUUAAACAUGUCUACACACACAUGCGUAUAUUCUCUCUCUCGCUCUCUCUAAUCUCUCUCUCUCUAAUCUAUCUAAUCUAUAUAUCUAACCUAUCUAAGCCUGUAUUCUCUGUCUCCUGUAGCUGGACCAUACAGUGGUCUAGGAGAGUUGCUCUACAGAGAGAGUGUUCCCAUGCAUACCUUUGCCAAGUAUCUCUUCACCUCCCUACUACCUCACGACACCGAACUGGCAUACAAAAUUGCACUGAGAGCCAUGAGGUAAGUACUCAACACAUACACACACAAACAUAUCUUCCACAACUUAUUUUUUUGCACUUCAGUAAAGAGUUUCUGCCCAGAAAGAACUUCAGGUAAGUUCAGUUAAAAAAGGAGCUCAGCCUCCUUUGAGUGUCAAAUUAUGUAUGUGUGUGUGUGAGGCGUGGAGGCAGGAAGCUAUCCUGUGUGCAGUUUAAUCAUAAAGCUGCCUUUCGCUGUAAUCCUUGUUAAAUAAUUAAACAGCAUUGAAAAUUAGUUUUGGAGAGUGUUUGAAUAAUAAAUAUACAGUAAUAAAUAUAUAAAUAUAUAUUUUAUGGCAUUGGGUUUCAUUGGGUUUCUAUCUGACUGCUGAGAGGCUGAAACCUUUGGAACUUUAUUUCAUUCUGCCCAAAUUAAACUCCUUUGAUUUUUAUUAUAUUGAAAUCUUUAUUUAAAAAACUCAGUCUUCAACCAGCCUCAGAUAUACUGGCAUUAAAACGCUCUAUUUCUAAAUCAUUUUGACUCAUCUCCGCUUAACAGAAGUACUGAAUCUUGGAGAGACACAGUAGGAUUUCUAUAAGCCUUAGAAGAUAUCUUAAAGGCCCAUACAUCCUUAUUAAAGUAAUAAAUAAAGAGUAACCAUCAGUAUAUUAAAUGUGUGUGUUUUUAGGUUACCGGUCCUGGAAUCCAUGGCUCCAUCAGGUGAUCUGUCCAGACCUCACCAUAUAGUGUCAAUGGUCCCUAACCGCUACCCUCGCUGGUUCACUCUGUCUCAUAUAGAGUCACAACAAUGUGAACUGGCCUCCACCAUGCUCACGGCAGCCAAAGGUAAACACACACAUACACGUACUGAAUGUACGAGCAUACACACCACAAAUGCAUACACACAUACGCUCAAACAAUAAUGUUUCUGAUCUUUUUUGCAAAUAGGUUGUUUUAAAUGGGGUUUUAAAUGGGGGUUUUGUGUGUGUUUUUGUCUUCUCAGGUGACGGGCGUAAGUUAGAAACAGUGUUGGAGUCUAUCCAGAAGAACAUCCACUCCUCGUCUCAUAUCUUCAAACUGGCUCAGGACGCCUUCAAGAUCGCUACUCUGAUGGACAGUCUACCAGACAUCACACUGCUCAAGGUCUCACUGGAGCUGGGCCUUCAGGUAACAGACACACACACAGUAAACAGAUACACACACCGAUGCACUUACACACACACACCUCCCUAACCUCUACCUGCUCCUCUCUCCUCUGAAGGUGAUGAGAAUGACUCUGUCCACGUUGAACUGGAGGAGGAGAGAGAUGGUACGGUGGCUGGUCACCUGUGCCACAGAAGUUGGUGAGUUACUCCUCUAAUGAUGUUUUGCAUAAUGUGUGUGUGGUGUAUGAGGGAUGUACUGUAUGUGUGUGUGUAGAAUAUAUAUUUCCAUGAACUAACCACCCUCUCCUCUGCUCUCCCCUGCUGUAGGUGUGUAUGCGUUGGACAGCAUCAUGCAGAGUUGGUUCACCCUGUUCACCCCGACCGAGGCCACCAGUAUCGUGGCCACCACCGUCAUGUCCAACACCACCAUCGUCCGGCUGCACCUGGACUGUCACCAACAGGAGAACCUGGCCUCCUCCGCCCGAACCCUGGCCCUGCAGUGUGCCAUGAAGGACCCCCAGAACUGUGCACUCUCCGCCCUCACCCUCUGCGAGAAGGACCACAUCGCCUUCGAGACGGCCUACCAGAUCGUGUUGGACGCGGCCGUCACGGGGAUGAGCUACACACAGCUGUUUACGAUAGCCAGGUACAUGGAGCACAGAGGAUAUCCCAUGAGGGCGUACAAGUUAGCCACGCUAGCCAUGGCCCACCUUAACCUCAGCUACAACCAGGAUACCCACCCGGCUAUCAACGACGUGCUGUGGGCCUGUGCUCUGAGCCACUCUCUGGGGAAGAAUGAGCUGACUGCCGUCAUCCCCCUGGUGGUGAAGAGUGUGAAGUGUGCAACGGUGCUGUCAGACAUUUUGAGACGGUGCACGUUGACCACGCCGGGCAUGGUGGCACUGCACAGCCGCAGGAACUCUGGAAAGCUGAUGUCGCUGGACAAGGCUCCGCUCAGGCAGCUGCUGGACGCCACCAUCGGGGCCUACAUCAACACCACGCACUCUCGCCUCACACACAUCAGCCCACGCCACUACAGCGAGUUCAUAGAGUUCCUCAGUAAGGCCAGAGAGACAUUCCUCAUGGCCCACGACGGACACAUCCAGUUCACCCAGUUCAUAGACAACCUUAAACAGAUCUACAAGGGCAAGAAGAAACUCAUGAUGCUCGUACGGGAGAGGUUCGGUUGA